AUGGCAAUGCAAAAGAUCCGGCAGAUUGCUCUCUUCCUGGCUCCUUUGGUUUGGGGACUCAUCUGGGGGGUCUACUCCAACGGCAUACAAAUAGGUGAGUGGCCCCGUCAGAGAGGAUCCCACAUAUAUAUAUAUUGUUAGCUGAGAUUCUGGCACACGGUCACCACUCACGUCCAAUUGCCGUAUUCAUGGCAUGCACCCUUAAAUCCAGCCUUUUCUUGCUGGAGUGGAUGCUUGCCAAAAAAAGGAAAAGUGCCUUCAUUUUAGAUCAACUCCUGUCCCCUCCCCCCCUCCCCCAUUCUUAAAUCCAAAGGUUACCCAUCUUCUCGAAUCCCAUCCCACUAGAAGCAACUCCUUUCCACAAGCCAGUUCAUGGCUUGAAACUAAACACUUCACUGAUGACAUUUGGGAAGGUGCAAUCCACAUCCCACUGAAAUCAGGAUGGGGAAGCCAAAACCUCCCACCUUUCAUUGCUCUAAAUGGAUCUGGACUGCACCCUUCAUGUGAGGAAGGCAGCACACCAUGUGCUUUCCAGAUAUUGCCCCCCUUCCAAGCUCAGUUUGGGUAUCUGGACCCUGAAGGGGAGGGAGAUGGCUGAGAUUUUAGGAUAUAGAUCAUCCCUAAGGUCAGUGAAACUGGCAAUCUGAGGCAAGUCCCAUGGCAAAUAAAUGAAGGUCUCUUUCUCUUUGUGAGUCUGGCAGCGCUACUGCCGAGCCUGCAGCACUGAUGUCCUCUCUGUGUGUCUCUCUUGUUCUGUCUUUAUGUGUGUUUGUCAUCCUACAGGGGGGCUCUUCCCCAGGGGAGCUGAUCAGGAAUACAGUGCAUUUCGGGUAGGGAUGGUUCAAUUUUCCACUUCAGAGUUCCGACUGUCGCCCCACAUCGACAAUCUGGAGGUGGCCAACAGCUUCGCUGUCACCAACGCUUGUGAGUCAUGAAUGUUCAGUUCAUUCAAAUCCUCCCCUCCCCUCCCCUCCCCUCCCCAGAAACCCUUUGCUCCUGUGUUGGUGGAGUUAGGGCAGCAGGUGCUCUUGUGCAUUAAGCAAGUGUGUGUGUAUGAGUGGGGUGGGAAUCAUGACUUUGGCAUUCAGCUGCUCCAGAGAGCCUGGGAAGGCUUGUGGGGCAGGGCGUGAGGGGAUUAAACUAUGGUGAAUGCACCCAUCCAUCCAGCUAAAUUUCCCUCUGGAAGAUGGUUGCACCAUUGCCUGCUGAGGGUGGUCCUGCUCUACUCCUGUCCUGCCACUUGACCCCCUUCGGACCAGAGCGUACCAUCUGCUUUGCAUUUUGGCUAGAGACUUCCAAGGAUCUCUCUCUUGUGCUUUCAAUGUAUUACAUAAGGUUGGCUGCAGUCAUGACUGAUUGUGGUGUAGGGAGGACCCCACCCUGCUCCAUAAUGGAAGCCCCCAUGGGCCCUGCCUAUGUGGGGUGUGCUCUUAUUUACCUCUGCAUGCAUUGUGACUGAAUGUCAUGUCAACCCUUUCUGCAUGGGUAUUUGCUUUGUGAAGGCAGGUCUUUCUUCCCCGAAGAAAUGCUUUAGAGAUGCAGGGAGAGAAUGUGGGGACAAGAGCUUGCAGGACAGCAGCAUUUGGGGCUUUCUUCCUGCCUUUUCCUGCAGGUUCAGGGGCACCGGCUGCUUAAUCCUGUCCACUGCUGGACAUAGUGUAUAUUUUCACCUUCCCACAGCAGAGUAUACUGAGAAGAUGAAUAUUCAGCACACCAUCUUUCCAUAAUAUGGGAAAAGACAUUUGGCACCAGGUUCCUCUGCCUACUCUUCUAAAAGCAGUGUCCAGAAGCAGCCUGUUGUCUUACUGGGCAGAGUUGCUACACAUAUGCAGGAGGAGAAGGAGUGGGCAAAUUGGGAGGGGUGGCAAGAUAGCAUCCUUGUGUGUGGUUGCACAUGGCACGGGACCAUAUAUCCCAAGCCUGUUCACUGCCUUGUGAAGGCUGCCUCAGUAAUUCACAAGUCCACAUUCUGGCAUAUGCCUUAUGCUUAAAAAAAGAGAGAGAGAUUCUUGAGGGAUGUUUCAACCCCCAAGGCCUCUUUUGGUGUAGGAAAGGGUGCAUAGCAAGAGGAAGAUUGGGGAAGCAGCAAAAAAGCUGCAAGUGGAUUGUUGAUUCUGAACAGCAAUAGCUGCAAGAGGCACCGAUCAGCCAUUUUCCUUUUUGCAAUUCUCCAUAUUAGAAUUACUCUGCCCCGUCCCUUUCUCAAUAAAUCACAGCACUCUCAGGAACAUUUCCUUGAUUUGGGGGGAGGAAAGCAACUGAAGAGUAAGCACAGAAUGAGUCCUGCAUUUGGGGUAGAAAUGGCUCUUGCCUGUGUGAUAAGCCUGCUACAGGGAACAUUGCUUUUCUGGAACAGCAGCCUCCUAUGACAUAGAUUCAGAUGAAUUUUUAGUAUAUACAGUAUGCACAUGUGACCUGCCCUUCGUCUCUCACUUGGCAUCAUCUUGAUAUUUCUCUUUUGUAAGGCUCAGAGGGUUUUCUAGAAGGCUUCAGUAACAGGCACAAUGUAGCUAUUGCAAGGGUCAAGUAGCAAAAAUAAUACCAUGAUAAAAUCGAAUCUGAAAAUGCUCUGUUUUUCAUGAAGUUCCUCAGCUGGAAUGUACAUCUCCUUAGGGGAUAUAUUUGAUGGAACAAAGAACAGUUGUCCCUGGCACUACCAAAAUGACAGCUAUGAAAUUAUUUCAUUUUUUGUUUAAAUCAUCCAGGUAAUGGGAGGGUUCCUUGAUUAGAUUUUUGUUCAGUUCAGUAGAGUCUCCUAUGAUGCUACCCCUUUGCUAUGCUGGAGGUAAAAACAGUAACUGAAUGGGGCUUAGUUAACAUUAAGGUCUGAAUCGUUGCUCCCGUGCAAUGCAAUGUAACUGCAAGAGAAAUGUAAUUCUGUCAGUUUGCGCUCGUAUUGAAUUAAGAACAAACAGAUACCUCACAACACACGACUGUAAGAAUAAAGGUACAAUAUCUUAAAAAUUGAAAGCUGAGCAGGGGAGGAGGAGAGUGAAUGAAGUGAUAGCCUGAGCAGAAAAAUCGCUGCCAGCUAAGAUGAUUAGAAUUGCAAUUUGUCAUACUGUCUUUAAAGGAAUGUGUUCCAUUCUGUCCCCAGUUGAUACAGGCAUUUUCUAAGAGGGCGAUGUCAAGGGUUUUAAAGCCAAGAACUUGAAGAAGGGGGAGAACAAGAACAGGGAUGUGCCCACAUGACCCCAAAGCACACCCCACACAUUCAAAAGAUUAGGGAGUUGAUUGCCAAAUGCAGCUUCCUGCAAUGAAAAUGAACAUUCCUAAAGGAGAGCUGUGUUAUAGCAGGGGCAACCAUUGCUCCUGUGGCAUCGUAGAACUAUUCUGUUGUGGCAUAAGCUUUUGCAAGCAACAUCCCUUUUCACCCUAUUCAUUAACUUUCACCCGAUGAAGCAGGCUGCUGCCUUGGAAAGCUUAUGGAAGAGUCAAAUGGGUAGUUUUUAAGGGCUCUUGGUUGAUCAUGUAGAAAGAGACUUCAAGAGGACAGCUGCUCAGAUGGAACAGGGAACAGGUUUGGCAACUGACAUUUUGCUUCAUUUUGCCUGAUCAACAAUGGUUACAUGCAAGGCUGUUUAAAAUGUCUAAUUGAUCUGGGGAGAAUCCUAUUGAUUCUGCUAACUGCUGUUAACUGUAGCAUCCAAGGCUGGUUUCAGAACCUGUGUUCUGAAGCAUAACGCUUGAGUAUGUGGACAUGAUUCAAAGGAGAGACGACUUUGGAAUGCAUGUAGAGUGCAUUUUCCUCACUCCCAUACUUCUCUUGUUAAGGAUGAGGCCUUUCCAGGCAGACGAAGGGAUUUCUAGGAAGGAAUUACCACUGCUGUCUUUUUCCUAGAAAUAGAGCACUGCUAUUGAGAUCUGAAUAAUCCAUGUCACUCAGAUAAUAAGGGGACAUUGGUGUUCAAUAUUAGGAAAUAGAAAGCUAGUACAAACCACUUUUCUUUUUUUUAAAGAAAUCUUUAAGAAAACAGAGAAAGGAUAUGUUAUGGGGGGAGCACAGCUGUCACUUCAUGUGAUGGUGGGUGUUUUUAAAAGGGGUGGGGAACCAGUGAUUCUCCAGAAGUUGUUGGAUUCCAGCUCCCAUCAGGUCCACCCAACAUCAACAAAGAUCAUGAGUAGAAUCAUGGAACUGUAGCGUUGGAAGUACCAUGAGGGUUAUCUAGUCCAACCUCCUGCAAUGCAGGAAUCUUUUGCCCAACGUGGGGCUCAAACUCAUGACCUUGAGAUUAAGAGUCUCAUGCUCUACCAACUGAGCUAUCCCAGCUGCCAGCAACAACACCUGGAAGCCCCACCUUUGUUUUAAAAUCUGAAUUUGGUGGACAGUUUAGAGAAAAGGCACUUGUAAAUAUAGUCAAGCAUGUUUUAUAAAAUGACCCAUUGGUCUAAUUCAGUAAUCUGUUAUUUAUUUAUUUAUUGCAGCACCAUCAAUGUACAUGAUGCUUUAGCCAGGUCCCUUCCCCAAUGAGCUCCCCAAAAAGCCAGGUCCCUUCCCCAAUGGGCUCCCAGUCUGAAGUUUGACAACGAGGAAAACAGAGGGCAAAGAGGAAAGGGAGGUGGGGAAAUAUUAGAUUAAUAAUUAAAUCAGUGUGGUCAAUGGAGUUACAAAUACUUAGGCUUCAUUGCAGUUGCCACUGGAUGUUCAGUUUAGGAAAGAACCUCAAAUGAAUGAUGGUUUCGAGGAAGGAAGUAAAAAGGUUUGGCAGCCAUUUAGGUAUUCUGGGAUAUGAGACAGCAAGAGAAUAAGUGGCCGACAGUGGUAAUGUUUGAGGUCAUAGGUAGAGACAUAUUGGGAAAGAUGGAUGGGGAGACAGUUUGGGAAAAGGUUAUGGAGCCCUUUAAAGGUUAGGCAUUUGUGAUGGCAUUGGGAAGGGAUUGGAAGUCAGCGUCGGAAUCUGAGAUGUGGUGCAGCAGUCAUGAUGCAAAUACAGAGCCUUCAAGACAUUCCUUCUUUACUUCAAUGGAGGAACCACCCUCACACACCAAAGGGAGGAGGUACACUGACUUGCAAUGCAGUACACUAUAUUUUUCAAGAAACUGAAUUUCAAAAAAUCCCUCAGCACUGUUAAUUAGAUUGUGAGAUCAUUUAUUAAUGGGAAAGCUUCCCCUGUUAUAUUUCAUCUUGGCAUUCUUGGUUUAGAUUCUGCGUUUUCAGAAUACUGUUUUUGUAUUUAUAUGUUCACCAACCUAAUGCUGCUUGGCCUGCAAUCUACAAAAUGAUUACUCUAGCCUGGGUCGGUUCUGGAGCAGCAGGUUCCUGAUUUGCUCCUUGGCCUACAAGUGGUUUCCUCACCUGCUCCUGGAACAUUUCAGUGGCAAUUAACUGAUAACUAAUCUGAAUAUUCUAAAUCAUAUAAUAUAAUAUAAUAUAAUAUAAUAUAAUAUAAUAUAAUAUAAUAUAAUAUAAUAUAAUAUAAUAUAAUAUAAUAAUUGCCAGUGCCAUGUCAUAUUUAGAGUAGGAAAACUUGGGUUGAAAUUUAUUACAUUUUAAUAUUAAUAACCUGAUGUUAAUAUCAUAUUUAGUAUGUCUAGUGGUGAUACCUAACUGAAGACCCGUUCACCAUUUAUGGAACUUUUAUUUCCUGUCGUGUUAACCCUCAGAUACUAGCUAUCCCUGCUACAAACACACACAUUAUAAAUUUUGUUGGAAUGAGUAAUCAAGUAUUUGUCCAUGAGUUAGUGAUUUCCUUCAGUCUUUCUAAAAGCCAGUUGGCUAACUUGGGAUUUGGAGCAAGUCCCGUUGAAUUCAACUAGAAUUCAGGUAGAAUUACAUAGUUAAAGAGAUGCUAUCAGCAAAAAAAUGCUCGUGUAUGCUUCCCAGAAACAGGUGAAAUCAUUGGCUCAGAUAUUUGUCUCAAUAUCUUAACCAGAGCUUUUACAAUAGCACCCUAGGACUAGGAGGGGCCUGCAGGUAACAACGACUAACAGACACUUUAGGACUAGUGUUACUUUUUGACUGGAAUAAAAGCAGAUCAGAGGAUAGAAUUCCAACCAUGUGCUGCAGCAGAUCAGGUGCAGGGAGCUCUCCAAAUGUUACUGAAUUACAAUUCCCAUCAGCCCCUGGAAGUGUGGCCAAUGGCAAGGGAUGAUGGGAGUUGCAGUUCAGCAAUAUCUGGAGUGUCAAAUGUUCCUCAUGCCUAUAGUAGAUAAUUAAGUGCGCUUACUUAAAAUGGUUUCAGAUUAUUUCUUGGUUAGUACUAUCAGUAACAAACAAACAAAUAUGUAAAUAGGAACCAGUCUAAAAUUACAGUCAAAGCUUUUCUAAAACUGAUUCCCUCCUAAAAAGGCAUUCUCUUAAGUCUAGUUCACAAAUGUAUGCCUCUUGAUGACUCUAGACUUAUGCACCCUUCUAAUCGUAUGAACUGAUGCUACUGAAAAGCAAGGCAUCUGCGAUGACACCUGGUGACAUGUAUGCAUGCAAGUCAUUACUUGAUGGCAUAGUCCUCAUAAACAUGUACAAGGAAACCACCCUUGAGUCUCCGGUGAAAAGGAUUCUAAGAUAGCUUCAAAUGAAUAGGUUGUGCUAAUGAUAUUUCUUCAAAGCCAGACUUCAGUUAAGACUGCAAUUCUAAGCAUGCUUACUAGGAAGCAGGUCCCGCUGAACUAAGUGGGACUUACUUUUCAAUAAGCACAUUUAGGGUUGGACUACAAGACUUGUAAUAGGAUCUUGGGCCUUUUCCUGGUCAUUUUCUCAUCCUUUGAAAUCUUUUCCUCAUGUUUGAGGACAGAGCUUUAUUAGCAGGUGGUUGCCUCAGCUAACUUUUAUAAAAGAGCCUACAGGAAAUUGUGUGUGUGUGAAUAUAUAAAAGUAGCUAAAAAUACGUAAAAUCCUUCCGAAUUUUGGUUAUGAUUAAGAACAAAGUUUAAAAAGGAGAAGUCAAAGAUCUCAUGAAAAGAUAGACUCUGAGGAAAGUAGAUUUGGCACCAUGAAGAUAUUAUGGGACUUGGGCAGCUGGAAAGCCUUAGAGAGGCUGCUUAGAGUUAGUACGUGACAAUGUUUGGUAACCGACAUGCAGUGAUACUUAGGCAUUUCACUGUAUGUGACACCUACAAGCUGGCUUGAGUUCGUAUUUAAUGUUUAUGUCUUCCCAAUUAUCUCCCUGUCCUGUGCCUACAUCCAUGCUUACAAGUGCCAUUACUAAAACUUGCCCCCCAAAGAUAAUAAUAAUAUAAUAGUAAUUUAUUAUUUACGCCCUGCCCAUCUGGCUGGGUUUCCCCAGCCACUCUGGGCGGCUUCCAACGAAAUAUUAGAAAUACAAUAAAACACCAGACACUAAAAACCUCCCUAAACAGGGCUGCCUUCAGAUGUCUUCUAAAAGUCAGAAAGUUGUUUAUUUCCUUGACAACUGAUGGGAGGGCGUUUCACAGGGCGGGCGUCACUACCAAGCAGGCCUUCUGCCUGGUUCCCUGUAAUCUCACUUUUAACGGUGAGGGAACAGUCAGAAGGGCCUCAGUGCUGGACCUCAGGGCUGAACAAUGGGGGUGGAGACGCAUCUUCAGGUAUACUGGGUUGAGGCAGUUUAGGAUUUUAAAGGUCAGCACCAACACUUUGAAUUUUGCUCGGAAACGUACUGCCUAAAAUAAUCUAAGAUGAAAGUCGUAAUGUUAUUAUCAUAUUUAGGGAUAGAAAUAAUGUACUUGGCAAAGGCUUCAUAUUAAGACAGUGCUACCUUCUUACAAGGCACCUGUGUACUUUAGACACAUCAGUUCUAUAUAUACUGUCCUGACAACAAUUCCCAUUGAGCUCCGAUGGACUUUGGACUUGCUUCCAUCGGAAGAACACAUUCACAAGACUGCAAGCAAAUGAGGCGUCCAGCAGAUGGCAGAGUGCUCCUAGUGAUAGGAAGGUAGCUCUAAUUUAGUUACUCAGUCUUUUCUCUAUCAGCAAGUGAGACCUAGGACGUGACAGUACAAACCUGUAGGCAAAAAUGUUUGCUUACUGUACAUUGUAUGCGUGGAAUACACACGCUCAGGCAUGUGUCGAGAGAUUAUGUAUUUGCAAUGUGCUUUAAAGUGGGAUUAAGGAAUCGGCAUGAAAAAUGUAAGAACAAUAAUGAGAAUCAAUGUCUGUAGGGGUCAGUAAAUAAUAAGCCGCAGGCCUUGUGCUCUCCGUGUUCUCUUUGCCCUGAUACCUGCCCUUUAUGAACAUUUUGCAUCUGUUCACAAAGCGAUGGGGAAAAAAUCACCCAGAAGAGCAAAGUUUUGCAGUGGGGAGAACUGGUUCAUGAAAUGUGCACAUACCAUUCCUGGUUAGCUCAGCUACCUAACUAUGUUUGGUAGUUAACAUGCAAAGCAUAGGAGCAAACUCCUAGGGGCCAUGGGGGCUUCGGCCCCCACAAUAAAAUAUUUGAGGGAGCCAGGCUGCCACAAAGUUGAUGGCCAUUCCCAGUCAAGUGGUGUGUGUGCACUGCGUCAUAUGAUCGAUUAUGCAGGGCAGGGCUUACCUGGGCCCCCAUAAUAUUUUAUUCAAGUUGGCACCCCUGAUGCAAAGUGAUUGAGGUAUUUACUGUAUGCAGUACUGACUAUAUUGAGUUGGUCUUUUAUGACUGCCUAAACAAUUAGGUAAAGGUAAAGGGACCCCUGACUGUUAAGUCCAGUUGUGGAUGACUCUGGGGUUGCAGCACUCAUCUCGCUCUAUAGGCCAGCAUUUGUCCUCAGACAGCUUCCAGGUCAUAUGGCCAGCAUGAGUAAGCCACUUCUGGCGAACCAGAGCAACACAUGGAAACACCAUUUACCUUUCCGCCAGAGCGGUACCUAUUUAUUUGAUGUGCUUUCGAACUGCUAGGUUGGCAGGAGCAGGGACCAAGCAAUGGGAGAUCACUCAGUUGUGGGGAUUUGAACCGCCAACCUUCUGAUCGGCAAGCCCUAGGUUCUGUGGCUUAGACCACAGCGCCACCCACAUCUCUGCCUAAACAAUUAAGAGUUGCCCAAAGCAUCAAACCACACUUUAAAAAGAUAUAUAUGUGAGCAGAAACUUUUCAUUAUUAAAAAGUCAGGGUUUAACUUACCACUGAUGAAAUGGGCAAGGAUUGAUGGGAGAAUUUGCACCUGAUGCACGGCAUAAACCAAUAGCUACACAGUUUUCUUGAACUGGAUUGUUCACUUCAAUAAAACGAGGCUUUUCAUCCUUGCUUCUCAAAUAUGAGCAAGCAAACCACCUCCUGUGCAUUCCACAUUGGGCCAAAAGAUUCCUGCAUCGCAGGGGAUUGGACUAGAUGAUGCCCAUGGUCCCUUUCAACUCUACAACGCUACAUUUCUAUGAUUCCUUGUGUGGCAUAGACCUGUAGUGGUUCACUACUACGUUUGGCCUCACCACUAAGUUUGCAACCUCAGGCUAUCACUUUUGUAACUCUUUCACAGCUGUUCCCCUCACAGCUGUCUCACUCUGCUCCUCUCCCUCCACAGUUUUCCUUUUCUCCCACUUUCAAUUAGUAUUCGGCUCCCGUGUCUUUGCUGGGACAGAGGUUACACUUCCUCUUUGCUCCUUAUAUCUCAUUUGCUGCUGUGUGCUUGCCAGCCACUCUUUCCUCUGUGUCUUACUCUCUGCGCAUUUUUGCUCCUGCUAUCACUCUCUCCCACGCCCACCUGCCAUCUUGCACUGUGUCACUUCUGGCCCCUUGCAAUCAUAUAAACGAGAAAGAAAAUAUGUCUCCCCCUCUUUAGAUUUUUUUCUAUAGGCAAAGUAAUGCAGAUUUGAUUGAUGAAUUAAUCAACUUAAUCAUGACUAACAAACUAUGGCUGCAUUCGCACGGCAGCUUAUUUUAUUUCCCCCAAUGUUUCCCUGCCUGUUAUAAUUUCCACAUUAUAAUUUGAGCUUUCACAGGACAUAAAAGCUACUUGUGGAACUGUAUUGGAACACAGCAGAAGUUUAGCAUGCAUUUCUUUGUUAUUUGCUUCCAGAAAAAAACCCUGCUUGCAUAUAAUGAGCCUUAAACUUGUAUUAAAUAGAAAUGAGCACAAUACUUGCACUGUAUUCCACUGUAUUUCUGGAAGUGGCUUUUACGUUCUGUGAAGGCUCAAAUAUGAUGCAGAAAUUAACACGAAAGUGCAAUAAUUUGCUGCGUGAAUGCAGCCCAUGGCUGCAAUGCUAAUCCCAUUUAUAAGGGCGUAAGUCCCAUUUUAUUCAAUGGGGGUCACUUCUGAGUAGACCUGAUAAGGAUUGUGCUGAGGAUUUCUUUAGCUGAGUUACAGCCAUUAUUAUAAUUAAUAAUUUCUGGAGCAUAGGGUGAUAUCCAACGUUUCAUAGCACACCCACUGAAAUCCAUGGACGUAAGUGACUUAAAUUCGAAGAAUUUAUUCUAUCACAAGUAGGAUAUUGUCCACAAUUUCUUAUAUUCUACCAGGAACAGAAUGUCCAUUGAAUGUGCAUUGCAUUUUCCUGAUAUUCCAUAAAAUCCCAAAUGGCAUACCAGUUAUUGCAUGGAGAUAGAUAUUUUUUUCCAGUGUGUGCAUAUCAUUCCUGUCCCUUGUGGAGGAUUUCCCUACAGUGUGCAAUAACAGUGUUAUAAGAGUAAAUUGUUAUUUUUCCUAUGGUAGUUUCAGUGUGGAGGUGAUAUAUGUGAGAUCCUACAAGUCAGAAUGUGUUAGUGUGAGAAAAGGUUGAACAUUACAAUUUUAAAUCAAAGCUUACAGCUCUGAAGGGAUCUUUGCACCGUGACAUUCUGACUAAGGGAACACUACUCAUUCAUUCCAGAGCCAUUGUGUACAUUCCAGCAGGAUUCCCAUUCCCAUUUAUGGGAGAUGCUCAGAAGCACCUAUGUUAUCAUGAGAGGUGGGCAGGAGAGUUCAUUCAUUCAAAGUCUGUGAGUUGAAUCCAGGUUGGGUUAGUAAUCCUUUAAAUUCCGAUUGGAAGCAAUGCGCUUAAAAGUGAGUUGUGACCAACUUCUCCUGCUGAUUUCAGUGAGAUUAUAGCUGCAAACCAAUACACACUUCAUCUUGUUCAACUCAGAAGAGUUAGAAGUAUAGGACUGCACUGUUAAGAACAGCUAAAUUUGGUGCUAAUCCUGUGCACAGUUUCCUGGGAGUAAGCUCCAUUGAACACAGCUGGACAGAGAAAACAUAUAUAGGCUUAAGAGUACAGGCCUGGCUCCAACCCAAUGCAUAUCAAUAGCUGGGUAAGAUCAAGGAAAAAGGAAAUCAUUGCUAUUCUAGAAUACAAGGCAGUAGACUGUAUUGUUAUGGUUCAGUAGUAGCAGUUUACAUAUUUUCAGACAAAAUAUGAAUGGCUUCUUUGAAAAAUGGCUCAAAAGUAAAUGUUUAUUGGCAGCAGUAAAUACUGAACGUUUCUUUACUUUUUCAAUAAAAAUAUAUAUGAAGCCAUGGAGGGGAAUUAUUGACUGAUGUAUGCAGACUGAUUUAUUUAGAAAAGGGAUUUAUUUAAAACCCUUGAAUUCCACCUUUCCAAAGCUCAAGGCUGCUUACCUAAAGCAUAUUACAGCAUCAUUUAUUUAAGCAAUCUCUGUUUCCUUUUGUGCUGCUUUUCAGCUGGGCAGCUGGGGGAAAAAAUCAGUGGAACCAAACGGGUCUUUCUUUCUUUCUUUCUUUCUUUCUUUCUUUCUUUCUUUUUAUUUCACUCCACUCUCCAGCCCAAAAGGCUCCCAAAGUGGCCUACGAUGAUAAAUAAAAAGACAGUUAUGCAAGUACUUCUGCAUAACAGCAUCGGCAAUAUGCCAAUGGAAGCAUUUCUUCUACUGUAAAUAGCAGGUGUGGAGGGCCACAAUUCAUAUCAGGACCAUGGAAGGGUUAAGGGAUAAAAGAUCUCCUCCCCAGCUAUGAUCCCAAUCCAGCUUGCCAUUCCACACUGGCUUUUUAUUUAUUUAUUUAUUCAGCAUUAAACAUGUGAGCAACAUCAGGUCUAGCUUAGCCCUUAUUCAGCCACCCCUUUAGCUACUAAAACUCACUGGGCAUUGCCCCCAGAUUGUGAGCCUCCAGAUCUUUUCUCUAUGCAACAUAUUGCCUUUCUCCAGCCUAUUGCCACCUUUUAGCCUUCAAAACCCUUUUCCUAUGCAACCUGUUGGUUUGGCAAGCUCACAUGUGAUGGUGAGUAUUUGAGUAAUGGAGGAUGGGGAUGCUGCAGUGAUCUGGCCACAUACUGAAGAUGAGAUCGUGGUUUUGAAUAGCAAUUUGCUUGCUGUGAUUAACUCCCCAAGGGUUUGAGUACUGGAUAAACAGGGUCUUCAUGCAAGACUGAAGGCCGGUCAUAAUUGAGACAAGAGACCAUAUACUGGCAAGAACAGUAUUAUCAUCACUGGUCAUGAACCAAUAGCUUUGAUGCACAUGAGGAGCAUCAGGGGUGCUUUAUUAUUGUUGUCUGUGAUCAGGGCAGUAUCUGGCACCAAGUCAUGACCCGCAUGGGCAAACACCAUUUGCUUCCAAUGCUCAAAUGUACUCGGGGAAUAGCUAGACACUGUGCAUUUUUAGCCUCAUUUUUUCAGCUGUCUCUAAUACCUCUUUGACAUUUUGUGUGGUAUUAAAAGACAGUUAAUUAGAUACAAGUGACUUAUCUUCCAGGAAGAAAAGUUGUGGGUGUUUCCCAACCCCUAUUUAAAGGCACCAUCAAUUGCACACCUUUGAUUUAGUUUAAAACUGGGACCAUGGAAACAUAUUUAAUUACUGGGUAAAUUCUGCACUUACACUAACCUUGCAAGUCAGAUGUAAUUAAAAAAUAAAUUCUGCGCUGCAUGAAAUAAUGCUGAUUGCUUAUAUUACUUAUAAAGAUGUGUUGGUUUAAAUCAAUUAAAGAUUUGCCAUACCCAUCAUAUACCAAAGCCGGGACACCCCCACCAUGCCCUGUCUACCCAGGCCUCCUCAGCCUGCUGUGACUCCCCUUGUCCUCUGCCUAACCUUCACUGGCUUAUUGCUGCUGCUGCCAUGAAGCCAAGAUCUCCUCUGCCAGGCCCACCAUGGCUUCUGCCAUACUUCCAGAAGGCGGUCCCACACUUCCAGAAGUGCAUUUCCAGAAGUGCAGCCCAGCUUCCUGAAGUACAUCAGAGACCACAGUGGGCCUCAGUGGAGGCCUCACAGUGGCAGUGGGAGCAGCAGCAGAUGAAGUGGGACAUCCAGGAUUGACAUCAGAAGCCAGAGUGGCUUUUGUCAAUCUGAAAUGUCUCACUCAAUGCUCGAUGAUUGGCAGAUAUGCCAUCAGAGUUGAUGGGGGAGGUAGGAACCCCAGUUCUGGAUCAGCUUUUCAUUUGCUGUGGUGGCCAGAACAGCACUGUAAUGUUGUCUUCAAUAAAGCAAUGUUUCAACAGCAGCCAUUCACAUCUAUGGACAAAGAGAUGCACUUGGGGGUGGAAUAUCUGGGUGGGGCUACCUCUUACUCUAGUGACUGAAGAAAAGCUCAAGUUUUAGUCUUUCUGGGCUAAAUUUAUUGAUUUAGUUCCGUAGAACUAAAUAGGAUUCAUUGUGAACUAAGUCACUCUGAGCUGCAUUGUCCUUCCCUUCCUUUCCUGCAUUCCUGCAUUCUUGGUGUGAUCCUGGAGGGUAAUAGAAUGUUGGGUUCCAAGUUUAUUUGGUGCUUUUUUAAGAUUAAACUUGAGAUUUAAAAUGUUCAGGGAUAAAUUCUGCAUUUUCAGGAAAUUGAUGUCAGUGAUUUGAUUUAUUCCAACUUGGCCGAGGGAGCCGGCGUUUGUCCACAGACAGCUUCCGGGUCAUGUGGCCAGCAUGACUAAGCUGCUUCUGAUGAACCAGAGCAGUGCAUGGAAACACUGUUUACCUUCCCGCCAGAGCGGUACCUAUUUAUCUACUUGCACUUUGACGUGCUUUCGAACUGCUAGGUGGGCAGGAGCUGGGACCAAACAACAGGAGCUCACCCUGUCGCGGGGAUUCAAAUCGCCGACCUUCUGAUCAACAAGCCCUAGGCUCUGUGAUUUGAUUUAUUCCAACUUUAUUUCAUGUACUCUCGUUUAAAUCACAGUAAUCAAAUUUGUGGGUGUGUUUUGCCUAUAUAACCCAAUUGUGUGGUCCCGGGAUGCACCCUGAUGAACAGAUGACGAGGUUCAUAUGCAACAGAAGCCAGAACUGCACUAGCUGGUUGUGUGUUACUCAGGAGAGCUGCCAAGCCCUUCAUAUUUUUCUUGGAAUUCCACUUGGUCAGAGAUGAAAAUCUGUACCAAGCAUUUACAAUGGACAUUCAUUAGAGUGACAUGCCUGGUUGCCCUCUGAAAUGGAUCUGGAAUCUUAGAAUUUUAGAGCUAGCUGGAAGAAAACUUUGAGGUUACCUCAUCCAGCUCAAUGCAGGAAUCUACAGUAGAACCUUCUCCCGAAUCUGGUAACUGGCACAGAAUCCAUGGAACUCCCUGCUUUCUCAGCUGUUCACCUGCUAUUAAGACAUAUUUUGGUAUAAACUAUGCUGUCCUCAUUGCUUAGCACCUGCCUCCAAGGGUCUGUUCACAUUCUGCCCCAUCAUAACUGCUGACAUACUGCGAUGCCUUAUUCCUUAAAGGUCCCAUGGUUGCUGCAUCUUUAAAUUUCAUGGAAGCGAUAUGGUGUUGGCCAGUUUUUAUUACAUUACAACCUUUCAUACCUGAUCCAAUUUCAAUUACAUAAUGCUACAUUUGGUUUAAUAGGACCUUGCGUUUCCCCUACUAUUGUAAGUCAAGGACGCUUGGUCAGCAAUGCUAGCCCACAUUUCUAUUUAUAGAUGUUUCAUUCUGUACCCAGGUGCUUACUGAAUGAUUUUUUUAAUGGUAGGGGGAAAGGAUCCUACCACCAAAUAAAUUAAUUACUCAAGUUUAUGACAUGUGAAAAUAUUUUACUGCAACAUUGUAAAACCCGAUUAUGUCAGUAUGGUGUUAUUUUCUACUGAUGCUCUGCAGUUUGCUGAAUGGUGUUUUAAAGGUCUACAUCCAUUUUAGAUGAACAUUUUCUCUUAUAGCUUUGAACUGGCUUUCCCCCUCUAUUGAUUGUCUCAAUUAAACAUUGCAUUUGAAGAAACCUUGUUAUUCCAUUAGGAAACUGGAAUAAAUCAGUUAUUUAUUCCAAUGUAAUUUUCAUUUACUUAUGUGAAAUCAGUCCCAGUGAUCUUACAUGUAGCCGUGUCUCAUUCUUAUAAUCAAGGCUCUAGUGAAAAAUGACCUGCGGGACCAUUAGACGAUAUUGAAAAGUUGGUACAUGUGCAGAGGAGAGCAACCAAGAUGAUCAAGGGUCUAGAAACCAAGCCUUAUGAGGAAUGGUUGAAGGAGUUGGGUAUGUUUAGCCUGGAAAAGAGAAGGCUGAGAGGAAAUAUGAUAGCCAUCCUCAAAUAUCUAAAGGGCUGUCACAUGGAAGAUGAAGGAAACUUGUUUUCUCCUGCUCCAGAGGGUAGGACCUGAACCAAUGGUUUCAAGUUGAAAGAAAGAUGAUUCCAACUAAAUAUCAGGAAUUAUUUUCUGAUGGUAAGAGCUAUUCAACAGUGGAAUGGACUCCCUUAGGAGGUUGUAUGUUCUCCUUCCUUGGAAGUUUUUAAGCAGAGGUUUAAUGGCCAUUUGUCAUGGAUGCUUUAGUUGAGAUUCCUGAAUUGCAGAGGGUUGUACUAGAUGACCCUUGGUGUCCAAGUCUUCAAUUUUAUGAUUCUAUGAAAUGCUGUUGAUUCCACACUAUUAGUGCAUUUUCUGUAAUGCUUAAACUAUUUGCAAUUCUGAUAUCUUAGUUGCAAAUGUGCUUCUUAACAUUUCUUGAUUUGGAUUAGUACAGCUGUGGUUUAUUUAAAUCAUGCAGUAUUCAGAAAAGCUGGUGUCAGGAAGCUUUUGCAUAGCUCUGCUAGUAUUUUUAAAGGAAAUAACAGACUAAAAUUUCCAAUCUAUGUGAUAAGAGAGAUGAGGAGGAAUAUAAAGUCAGGGUUUUUCCCCUUUUCAAAAUUAGCUCCUAAAUACUCCUAAUUUAAGUGUUUCCAGGGUUAUUCUUAUCUUUGCUUUGCAGAUUUCUAUCCCUUAACUUUUCUUCCCCGCAAGUGUGAGCCUUUGCCAGACGCAGAGAUGUCCAUCUCCAUGAGAGAUGCUUGAAAGAGAUUAUCCUUGACUAUGCUAAUUCUCUUACAGCAAUCUGUGGUUCCAAGUUAUUUUAUUGCCACUCAAUUAGCAUUUGCAUUUAUUUCUCCUGAACUCUACAAAAACGGCUCAUAUGAGAGCAGGUUUCUUUCAGAACAAUGGUUAGUGUAAUCAAGAAAAUGGCUUCUUUGCUGUCAGGCAAGAAUCCGAUGCCCGAGAGCUUAGAGAUUUGUAUAGAUUGAUUUCUAUCAGACAAUUCAUUACCAGUAGAGUUACUGCAGAUUUAACUAGCUCAUGAGUGGUAUGAGUAAUAUCCUUCAAACAGUACUUCAAUUUGCUGUGGUUGUGUUAAAUCACUUCUUGAAGUGUACGGUGCUUGCAGUCCUUCUGAUAGCUUUGUUCUUUCAAAACCACGAGCCCUGGGCUUACCCCUGUUCUGAAAACUGAAGCUUCCAUUUAGAUUGCAUCCAAGACACCCAUGUCACUGUACAAUAGCAUCUGAUUGCUAAGAAUACAUUCAAUUUUUUUGUCCCUAUCAACAGAAUAUUGGGUAGGCUGUCUUAAACUCUGUGGACAUUUCAUUCAUUUAUCUGUUUCAGGUGUGGAGAACCCCUGGGCAGGGGAUCCACUGGCCAGGGGAUCGAAUUUGGCCUCUGAGGCCGUUUUCCACAAGCCAUAUCCAACUGCCCAUUAGGUGAUGCCAAAGGAGCAGGAUUUAACACCCCAUCUUAUCAGCUGAUGUGCUGCAGGGGUUAAAUCUUUCUCAGUUUGGCAGAAUCUAGAAACUUGUGAAACGAGCUUCUAGGGGGACUUGUUUUACACUUGUUUUUGUUAAGCAGCCUGAGUGCACAUAUAGUGUUGUUUCAAAGCUGAAAGCUAUUUGAAAAACAGUUUGCAUUUUGGCACGAGGACCAGCUGUUUUUUGCCUCAGCUGGUUAAAUGUGAUACUUUGCAUUUGGCCCCAUUAGACAACAUCAGCAUAGAUACCCAACAACUAUCCUAAGGAGAAUUCCUUGCAUGCCAGCCAAGAAGGGCACUAGGAUCUGUCUAACUGAACUGGGAAAGAGUCUAGAUCAAUAUGAACGUUCUUUCACUUUGUGUUGUGAAAGAGGAACGGAUCUUAUACAUCGUAAAGGAAGGUCAAACAAAAACCUGGGAUUAUUAUUUUUUUAUUACAGUGUGUAGGAGAGAAAACAUUAAUCCUGAGAUCCUUUAAAAUGCACAGCUGGGCAAUAUACUGUACUUUCAUUAGGACCAUGCAUCACCUUCAUGUGUGCCUCCCUGGGGAAAACAUUCCGUAAGUGGUGCACAAUCACUGAAAGGGCCCAUUUCAUGCUGCCAGACAUCCCAUGGAAGUGGUACAUGAAGAAGGCUCUCAAAUGAUUAUUGCUGGUUAACAUUAUUUCACUUUAAUUUUGUCCAUUUAUCCUAAUCAGCAAUGAGAAUUUAAGGAGAAAUCCAAGGUGUCUCCAUGAAUGUUCAUUCUCCAUGCAUUGAUAACAGGAGAUUAAAUUUCAGCAAUAGCAUAGGUGCUGGCUCCUUGGGGCCGAAGCACUUUUGACUCCCAAUUAUUUUUUCUAGGGGCCUGAGCUCCCUCAAUGUUCAGAAGACAUUCUGCUCUGCCCACUGGCUACUUGUAAUGCCAGGACGUUGUGCAACGCCAGGACGUCGUAUCGGACCCCCUCAAUCAUCCUGAGACACUGGUGCCUCUGAGCGCUAGCAUUCCUUAUUGCCACUCUGUAUCCUGGCUUAUAUCCAGAUUGUUUUCUAGAUGAGGUGCUGAAUUUGGCAUUAUGCUUGCCUCCAGAAGAUGCUAAGGCUGUAAUCAUAUGCUUGGGAGUAAGUUCCAUUGGACUCAUGCAUAGACAUGUACAGAAUUAUGAAACAAGAGUGGAAUAAGCUAUAACAGAUGCAGUCCUCGUGUAUAAUUCUGUUCAGUUCCCCCAUGAUGUCUAAUGAAACUCCAUGAGUGCUGUGACGUUAUGCUGUGAACACACCAAUCUACAUCACUGGGUGUCAUUGACAAUGGUGAAGAAACUCGUGAGUGUAAUGACAUCAUGUCACAUGUUUCAGUAGACAUUAUGGAGAAGAGGCAGCAAACUAGACAUGUGCAUACAUUGUGCAGCAGUCCUGUGACAUAAGAAAUGGCAGGUAUAACCCUGGGAAAUAUAUAUAUCAAAGCUCAAAAUAUUUUUAUCCCCCUCCCUUCAAAGUUUGUGUGGAAUUUGAUUUUGGGACACAAGAUCGACACAAGAAUCUCAUUGAUGAAUGAGACACCGUGUCCCUGCCAAACAAAGCAGUACUAUGUUGAAUGUUUUCUUAGAUAUCCCAAUCAGAAGAAAAUAAAACCCUGCAUUUAGAUAUUGUACAUCCAUCAAGUUAAAAUGCAUGAGGUCCAGAGUUGCCAGAUUUACUUAGUGAUGGGUUCAUUUCAGAAACCUGGCCCCAAAUAUUAGUGCAUUGUGAACCCAGCUUGCCCUCAGUUUCCACUCGUUUUUGUGAUUGUUGUGAUUCCUUAAAAUAAAACCUUGUGUGCUUGCAAAAAAGAAAAGAAUGGAUGAAGUGACUGGCCUCAGUUUGCCUAUCCAGAUAAAAAUCCAGAGCCUGCUCUUAUGAGUAGCACCUGUAGUAGGGUAGAGCCAUGGAGCCACUCUCCUAAGAACUGCAUUGUUGUAGCUUCCUCGGAUGGUGUGGGUUGAGUCAGAAACAAGAUUGGACUGUGAGGUCAUAUUGGCAGGAGUGCCCAAUUGGCUCUGCUAUUGUGCUUGUGCAUCCCCAGCCACACACCAUACAGGUAAGUAGCCACACCACUGUCAAGAGAGUGGCUCUGUGGCACUGUCCUACCAUGACGACUGCCAUCACCACUCCCUUCUUCUUUUAUAAAUUACCUGUCAUUUUGAUGGGGUGACAGCCUCUGCCUCCCUCUUCCAAGCACUUAAAACUUUGCUCAAGCAGAACCCCGGGAGUAAGCAGCAUUUGGAAACUGAGAUCUUGACGGCUGCCAACUCCAUAGUAUGAGCUCAGGGAUGUCAGAGAACGGCAUUUACCAGAGCUUCUUGUGGUUUCAAGUGUUGUGAUGGAGGCAGGCAUUCAGUGACCUUGUUGCUCUCUGGUAAGUUUACAGGAAGGAAAGGAGGCAGGACUAGCUAGCAGGCUGACAGAGGUGAGGGUGGGGAGCGUGAACCCUUAAUAUGAGGUAAAUUGAGUCCACGCACAAAAGGCCAGGGUGCAACUUGAAUGAAGCUGUUUAAACUGGACCUCGCCCUUCAAGCUCCCCUGACUUAAGCUUCAUUCCCACCACUCCUACCAUCUGUCUGUCAUUCAAUAGGAACUGACAAAAUAUUGUUUGAUGCUUCAAAAUGCACAGCGUGCUUUUUGAUAAGCAAAAGAACUAUGGAGGAUUCAUUGUGGCAUGUAGCACUGGGCAAAAUCAAAUUGCUGAGAGUUUAUAUAAGUUUAUCCCUUUGGCCGUUCUGCUGAUUACACAUUGCCCUUCAGCAGUCUCUUGCUAUUACUCUCUGCGGAGUAUAAUUGCAACUCCCUUUUGCCCUUGACCGAGUGACCAAGGCAUUGACCUCCUGUGCCUUCUGUGCCUUAUGAAAUGCGUAAGGUGGUUUCCUCUUUCUCCAGGGCAGGCAACAGCAGCUGUAAUUGUGCUAGCAGGUAGCAUAUAUGAAAGAGGAUGAAGAUUAAUAAGAACAGCUGGCUUGGCCCACAAAAAUGAUAAUAAAGCAUGUUGGGCAUGAUCCAGCUAAUGCUAAGUACCUUUGAGUUCAGUCUGAGUACAGUGGGGGAGAUAUUCAUGGAUGAUUUCAUCUCUUCCACUGAAAUCCAUGUAAUUUAAAAGUGCUGGCACAGGCUCAUUAUAGGUAGGGUGUCAAUGUAGGGGAAGAAUAAUUUGUGUUUUUAGAAGACACCUGCAUUUAUUUAUUUAUAAAUAUAUAGAAAUUUGAAUAGGACUGUCAAAAAUUAUUUAAAAGGAUCACAUGGCAAAUGUAUAAAAAGUGUGAUAAGCUGAACUGAUGUUAAGCAAAAACUGCCAACAGAAUAACAAUAAGAAGUUGACCGAUUUUAGGGUGCGUUUCUAUACUGACAUAUAGAAAACGCCAUUGAACUCAGUGGGAUUGAGUUCUGAGUAGACAUGUUAACUGUAACACCUUUUAACUGUUUCAUCGUUUCAAGUCAAGGCUAUUCUUUUAUUUCUAUUUUUAUUAUUUAUGUAUUUAUCUAAUUUAAUUUCUAUACUGGCCUUCAUCUGAGGACCACAGGGUGGUUUACAAUAUAAAAAUACGAAAAUAUAUAACAUAGUAACAAACAAAGCAAUAAUCCACCCACAUUAUCUUCUAUAUUUUCUGUUUCAGAAAAACAAGACAAACCAAAUGGCUUAAAAAUGAACAAGUGUGAUCAUAACUCAUACAGCUGGCCCCGUCAGAUGGGCUGGCUAUAGCGAUGCUCUAGAGCAGGUUUACUCAGAAAUAAAUUGUAUUUAGCUUGAUGAGACUUACUCCCAAGUAAACAUGCUGAGGAUUGUAAUCCAUUGAGUAUGGUGAAAAUUAACUUCUGAAUAAAUAGGCAUUGUGCUCUUAAUUGAUUAAUCUCCUAAGUAAGCUGAUUAAAGCUUACAAUCUGAAUUUUUACAGUAAAUACAGGAGGCCAAAAGCUAGUUACCUAGCAAUACAAAACAGGUGACAUUAUCUCUUUACACUGGUUAAGUGUUUUUCUCAGGCAGUAGAUGGAAGCCAUUUAUUGUUAGCAAAUGAAAUAAAAGGCUGUAGCCCUUGAAGUGUUUGUGUGUUGGCCCCCAGUGAGUGACAGACCUCUUCGAAAAAUAAUGUCUGUAUUGGGAAAAGAACAAAUCUUCCACCUGCUGUCAUUCACUUGGCUAAUUUAAAUUUCCAGAGGAGCCAGACAUCCUAGUUACUGACAACUUUGGGGAAAGAUGACACCUUUUUAAAAUAAUAAUAAUAAUAAUUGUAUGAUUCACCUUUGAAAGAGGUUUCCUUUUAACUUGGUUGUAAUUAUAGCCUAAUAGGAAAUAAUACAUGUCGAGCUUCCCACUUCAAAGGAAGUUAUUUAAGGGAUCUGUAUCAAAGCGAAGCUGCUUCUUCAAGAUGUAUUCAUCUGAGGUUGUCAAAUUUUAGAAUAAGGAGCAUUCCUAGGCAAGAAGUAACUGUACGAGCCUCCUCAAGCCCAAUGAAGGAGAGUUCACAGGUGCAGAUUUGCUGCACAAUGAAAGCAAUAUCAAGUUGAGGUAUUUAAGCAGAGGCUAGAUGGCCAUCUUAUUGUGCGUGCUGGAGAUGUGGCCACUAGGGUCCCUUCCAACUUCAUAAUAAUAUGAGGUUAAAACUAGGGAUGGAGGAGAAAUUCAAUUUUGUUUGUAUUCUAAUGAGAAACUAAUUAAUUCACACUUCUCAAACCAAUACAGGUAUUCUUCAAAAUUCACCAUCAUCCAAAUUUUGCAUCGCAGUUCUCCAGCCAGCCAAACAAUAUGUACAAAAAUGCAUAAUUUUGUGGGAAAUGUGCAUAGAAAGGCAUAAACAAGUGAAAUUGCAUACAAACCAUGUAUUAUAUCAGUGAGUACUAUUUGCAAAAAAAAAAAGGUAUAUAUUAGUUGAAAACUAUGUGCAAAGCUGCACUAAGAUGCUGACAAAUUUUCAUGAUGAUUUGGUGUUUUUUAAAAAAAUAAUAAUAAUCAGAAAUUGGUGUGAAACUGUGGAGAACUAAAGUUAACAUUGAAAAAAGGAGAAAUGUAGCGAACCAAAAUUCACUCAUCCCCAGUUGAAUCCAGUACAAUCAUUGUGCUAUCUGCCUCUUCUCUCCUUGUGCACCUUGCUUCAGAUCUGUCCCAGAGGGUUGGGAGAAACCAUAGACCAGAUUUUUGUGGGAGCAGGGGAGGAGAGGGACAUGAAUUUCUGUGCUGUAUGUGGGCAUUGUUCCAGCCACAAAAUGAUUUCAUUGGAUGUAACUAAAAUUGUGCCAUUCCCCAGCUACAGCUUGCGCUCCUUAGAGAUGCUUGCUGAGUGUGUGGUUAAAUCUCACCCCAUUACCUGUUUCCUGUAGUGUGGAGGUGGGAAGUCUCAUGUCCAGCGGCUGAAUGUGGCUCAUGGUCUCGUCACCUGGCCCUUGUACCUGGUCCUAAGCCAGGCAUAGGCAAACUCAGCCUUCCAGAUGUUUUGGGGCUACAAUUCCCAUCAUUCCUGACCACUGGUCCUGUUAACUAGGGAUCAUGGGAGUUGUAGUCCCAAAACAUCCUAAGCCAUAACCCCACUCUCCUCUGUGAAUGAUUUUGCCUGAUUGGAAUGUGUCCUUUAAUGCCUCUUGCUUGCUGUGUGUGUGUGUGUGUGUGUGUGUGUGUGUGUAGAAACCUCUGUUGUGUGUGGCUGGAAUGUAGUGUCCUAUACAUAAAGAAGAUUCACCUUCAUAACUCAGUUUUGAUUCUGGUGCCACCCGCUCACAGGCUACCAGGAUGUUGCUCAGAAGGAAUAUGGCCUUCUACCUGAAGAAGGCUCCUUGCUUCUUCUAUGAUUCUCUUAAGGUCCUGGGAGGAAUAAAACUGGAUACAGAAGUGAUCAAGAUGCCUAGGAUAGGAUAUAAGACCUUGGGUAAUUCAUGUGGUACAACAAAAUGGGAAGAAGAGUUCACCUGUUCCAUGGAGCUGAGUAUGAAUUUGAUAGGCAGAUGUUAACCACCUUGUGUUUGGACUACAGAGUGGACUAUAACAUUGUAAAAAUAAUGGCAAUUCAAGUUAAACCCAGUGGUCUGCCUCUUCAUUUACAUAAAAAUGUCCCUUUUAUUCUACUGUAAAAAUUAAGCUUUAGUCAAAAUACUCUUCUAGUACUAUUAGAAGACAUCUGAAGGCAGCCCUGUUUCGGGAAGCUUUUAAUGUUUGAUGUAUUAUAGUAUUUUAAUAUUCUUUUGGAAGCCGCCCAGAGUGGCCGGGGAAGCCCAGCCAGAUGGGCAGGGUAUAAAUAAUAAAUUAUUAUUAUUAUUAUUAUUAUUAUUAUUCAUUCUAUCAUACCGUAUCUAAAAUUAAAUUUGAAAUGCAAUAGCUUUAUGUGGGUAAGCAAAUACCAAUCAAGUUGCUUUUCUACUGAAAGGAUGAAUAAUAUUUUGUGUUGUACUUUGCCUAAGGUAGUUAGCAUAUACUUGCUAAACAUUUGACUUUCAUACUUGUCAUUUAGAUUUGUCAAGGAAUGCUGACAAUACUUAAAUUUACAUAAACAAGGUCAUAGAGCUCCUCCACUUGUGUUAUAAUGCUCACAAAUUGGGAAGAUGUGCUACCUUACAGCUUUCAAUUUAAUGGAGUUGCUUGAUAUAACCCCACUUUCACCAAAACGACUUACCGGACUCUUGGCUACUUGUAUAUUAAAUUGUUAUGAACUUGCUUAUUCAUAUAUUCCAGGAUCAACAUCUGUGGUAUAGAUUUUCAUACUUGAUAGAUUAGAUUAUUUUGGUUUGGUUGUAAGUUGCUUUGGGUUGCCUUGGGCAAGAUAAAAUGACUAACAAAUUUAAGAAAUUAAUUAUUAAUUAAAAAAUAUUUGUCAGUAGUGUUUGGGUAAACCUGUCAUAUGGUGGAGGAACUCAAAGAUCCUUGGUUUUGUUUCCUUGAUGAUGGUAGUAAUAGAAAAGCAUUUGCAAGCUUUUGUGAGUCAUUAAGAUCACACAAGACUGGCACAAUAUUGGGGCAUUAAGAGAGAAGGAGGGACACUUGCAAGUACCCUCCCUCUUCCCUUCUAAUUUUCCAGUCUCAGAGUCUUCAGGGGAAAGAGGGAGGAGGCAACCCCCCUUCCCUUUUUAGUCUCUAUCUUGCUCUGAUGUUUAAGAGAGGAGGCAUGCAAAGGCUUUUGCAAAGCUCUCCACCCCGGCUCUCUUUUAAGAGUGGAGCAAAAGGGAUUUUGACAGACCUGCUGGCAGAUGUUGAUAGGCUUCUGCUCUGUGGAGCCAACAAGGUUAUUAUCUCAGUAAUUUAUUGUAGUAACAGUCCUGUAAGAUAGAUCAGGACAGACUAUUUCGCAGAACUAGAUCACAACUAGUAGUCUUUUCAUACAUGCAUGUUCUACCCUAACAACAACAACCACUAAUUUCUCACCAGCAUGAAUGGACAAUUGCAGGUCCAACUCUCCAGAAAAACCUUUCCUAUCAUUUCACAUCAGCUCAAACUCAAUUCUUUGCAGUGGAGUCAAUUCACACUUUCAGUUGCCAAUCAUCAAUUUCAGUUUCUUUUUAGUAUGCAUUUUCUCCAGCAUCCAUAUUUUGAUAUGCAAUUUCACCUAAUACUUUUUGUAUGCUAGUUUCAUGAUAUACUUUCCAGAAAUAUACACAUUUUUUAUAGCACUGUUUGGUUGAAGAACUGCACUGCAAAAUUCAGAGAAGUGCAAAUUUCAAAUGAUAACUUUGUUUUGGGAUAGUGUAUUGUUUCAGUAAGUGUAAAUGAUGUAGAUGCACAUUAAAACUUAAAAAUUUCUUCUACAUGCCUACAGGUGGUACAUACUUACAUUUGUACUAGCCCUUAGUUGGAUUCUUUUAUUUGGAUUUUCCAGAUUGGGAAACAGAUGCACGGUGUGUGGAAGUCUCUAAUACUUGCCCUAUUUUUCAUUUAUCAAGCAUUGCUCUUUCUCUUUGACUUUAUACAUCCAGAGCAUAGACUUGUAUGUCAAAUCUCUUGUUUCUUGUUUUAGCUUCCAGCAAAAAACUCCCAAGUGUUUUGCUUGACAAGGAAUCCCCAAAUCUGCCUUUGAUUUUCCUUUAUGCUUGAUUAGUGGCAAUUGUAAUGAAACUAAUUCUGAGAAAGAAUAUCUUUCUCUCUUUUUUUUGAUAAUUCAAGCAAUAAAUAUAUACAACCAAAUACAGCCGGGAGAGCAUAUUUGAGCUGAAGUUGGCUUCAAAAUUCAUAUCCCAUAGCUGCCAACUUUUCCCUUUUCUUGCGAGGAAUCCUAUUUGGAAUAUGGGAAUUUCCUUUUUAAAAAGGGAAACGUUGACAGCUAUGUCAUAUCCCUUACUCCACUGGGUGAAAAAUUGUGUGUGCAAAUGGGUGCUGAAGAUGCAUGGUUCCUAGUCUGACAUGGCAGCAAGAUGUGUUAGCAAUGCUAAGUCAGAAAGCAAGCUCUUCAGAAGAGAAGUACAAAGCUGAAAUUCAUACUUCCUCUGAUUAAUGAGACAGCUGAUCAGUGUUAUUGCAGUUUGUCUAACUCUUGCUGCUGCGUAUACCAUGAUUGAAGUGAUCGUAUUAUAUCUUAUUCUGUGUUCAACUGAACAGUGAAUAUGAUCAUCCAUGAAGUAUCUGUGGAACAUAAUAUGCUUGGUAAUCUAUGUUUUUGGUUUUUAAACAAAAAUAUAGCACAAUGACCGUCUCUUUUGUUUUACCUGCUAAAUUUUUAUGGACACAAUCCUGCCAAAGCAAACUACUUUGAUAUCAAACUGAGAGACAACUAUGUGCUUAAGUCCUUUCAAAUGAAAUAAAUAGUCUUUAAAAACACUUUCCUUUGGCUGGAUUGUUUCCAUAUUUACAGUGGUUUAGCAAGUGGUGUUAAAACGAUAUGCUAAGUAAAGAAAGAUGUGCCUUACAAUACAUUUGUCUAAAUUCUGAACCAAGGAAAGCUGAAUUAUGUGCAAAUCAUUCAGGUUUGCUUAAUUUUCUCUAUUUUUAUACAAACUAGCUCACUUUUUAAAAAAACAAAAAAUCUCCAUGAUUGAAUUUGGCUUUGUUCCACAUGGGGAGGGUCAAGGGCUUGGGUAUGCAAACUUUUCCCCUUUCCCAAAAGCAAAUCUCUGGGUUUCAGAAUUCCGGCUGAUAUUACCCACACAUUUUCAAUUGUACAUUUGUGGUAGUGAGGGCUGGGAGCUUGCCUUAAGAGACAAACACAAAAUGAAAUCUGGAAUUAUUUGAAAGCUGAAUUCUGAACUCAGCUUUUUCCCCAGGGCAAAGAAAAUAUAGACUGGGAACUACCUGCCUUACUUGCACACCAGCUUCUGUGCACAGGGUUUAUAUAGGUGUGUCCUAAAGUGGCCUGGGUUUACAGGAAAAAUAUUUGCAGCCGUAUAUUCUAAUCACAAAUUAUUUACCAGCACAUGAACAUUUUUGCCAAGUUCUUAGAACUCAUUUAAAGCUUAGCUUGUUCUUGUGUUUGACAAAGUACUUAUUGAAAUCAGCAGUUUUCUGUUUUCCGUUCCUUAUUACAAAAACAAGUAAUAAUAAUAAAUAAAUUAAUUAAUAAAUAAGAAGAAGAUUAAAUUAGGUUAGAGUUAGAGUAUUGGAACUUUUGGGGGCAAUCAAGGUAUAAUGCUAGAAUUCAUGCUCUUAUGGAAAGCUAAAGAUGGACAUAGAGAAAUGUGCAGUUUGGAUUUCAGGAAAGCUGAUUUUCAUACAGCUAUCCAGAAAUGCCUGAAAGGCUGUAUUUGCUGGCAGGCCCUGCUGGGAAAUAUAUUUGCAGAUUAUAGCAUUUGCUUGCCAUUGCCAAGAUUCUGUUUACCAAAUAACUUUUGUCAAUAUCAUAAUGGAUGCUUAUCUCCUUUAAAUGAUCAUAACCUCAUAAAACAUGAGAACAAAUCCUUCUGGUAGGGAGAGCCUCGUUUGUAAAAACAAAUCACCAGUGUCAUACAUGCAGUAGCUACUUUUAUGACAGUCCUGUCAGUUUUACUCAGGUUUUUUCAAAUGGCGCACCCUUUGGGACUGGUGGUGCUUAAGAAAAACUGUUGUUCGUGAUGAUUUUUCUUAAACUUUGGGGUUUAUAAGCAAUAUCUCUUAACAAGCAAUGCAGUCAUGCAUCUUAUCCACCUUAGAUUCCCUUAGCACAGAAGCAUUUACUACCCUAAUAGAGAGCUCCCUUGAAACUAGUCCUGGACGAAUUUGUGUAUGCCUUCCUGAUCUAUUUCACUUCCUGAAACACCAGCACAAUUUCUUUCCACUCUAGCGUUAGGGUGCCUCGAUCCAAUCAGCAUACAAGUUCUGCCUCAUAAGUGAAAAUUAAUGAAGAAGAAAAAAUAGGUGUGAUUUGAAGUGACCCGGAAAUGGCCUCAAAUAUUUCAUAACCUUAGCAUUGUUUUCACUUUCCAUUUCUCCUCUGGCUUUCAGGCAACAUUUCUAUUACUAGACAUGUGUUUUGUUUCCAAUGAGACUCAUGUAAUCAUAGAAUUGGAAGGGAACUUGAAGGCUGUUGGAUAUAAAACACUGAUCCAAGACUCAGAAUCUUGGGACCCUUAAAAUAAAAUCUGAGCAAAGUUGGUGAAGUAGCAAAGAGUUUAUUGAUUACACAUUCUUGUAAGGAUAGGUGUCCGCAAAGCAGGCACAUCCAAAUUCAGAAAAACACAGGCAUAUAUCUCCAACUCUGAGUGAAAAGUUCCCUCCCCUGUCCCCCAUUGGCUGGAGGUGCACAGGGCUUACAGCCUAUCAUGAUUGCCUAAUUAAAAUAUUGAACUCUCCACCCCUGUUGACUUCUCCCAUCCCUCUGAAUUCAGGGACCAUCACUCUUAAUUAUUUUUGCCCAAAUCAAGAAGCAUGUUCCUAUGCUCUCACAUAUUUACCCCAGUGAUAAAGCCACAUCCCGACCACCCUUUAGGCAUGCACGAGUCCUACCCUGCCAAAGCCUGCUGAGGUGUCUAGAUAAACCACAUUCUAGCAGCAAGGCACCCUGUUUUUGGGUGUUCUGAUCCCAAGCCAGUAAAGAUAAGCCGCCAAGCGAGCCUAUGGUUUUCUAGCUGAUGCAACCUUCUAUUCUGGUAUUGCAACUGUCUGAGGCCUUUUGACCUCUUAUGAAAAAGUGACAUUUUCAUUCCUUACAAAGGCCAUCUAGUUCAACGUCAGUGCAGGAUCUGCAGUGAGUAUGCAAGUGUAGCAUCCAACCUCUUUCCUUGUUAGAGCAAAGAGUUUUUGAUUCACCUCUUCUGUUUCCAGAAGGCUAGUACAGUGGUACCUCGGUUUAAGAGCAGCCCUGCUUACGAACUCUUCGAUUUAUGAACUCCGCAACAAUGGAAUGGCACCAGCAGCGGGAGGCCUCUUUAGGGAAAUGUGCCUCAGUUUAAGAACGGUUUUGGUUUAAGAACGGACUUCCGGAAUGGAUUAAGUUCGUAAACGGAGGUACCACUGUAUAGGCAUCCUUUCCUUUGUUACAACCAUUGGCAUGCAGCAGUGUGUUAUUUGAGUGAUGUGAAAUUUGUGCCCUUCCUCUUUAUAUGGCAAGAAUUCUUUAUAUCAAAGACCAUUCUAUAUUUAAGGAGGCUGUUUUUCCUUCUAGAACAUGAGAACCUAAGAAGAGCCCUGCUGGAUCAGGCCCAAGGCCCUUCUAGCCCAGCAUCCUGUUCUCAUAGUGGCCAAACAGAUGCCUAUGGGAAAGAGCACUCUGCCCACUUGUGAUUCUCAGCAACUGGCGUUCAGAGGCAUGUUGCGUCCCACCAGGGAAGGUAGAACAUAGCAGUCAUGGCUACUAGCCACUGAAGUCAGAGUAGACUAUUGUGGCUACCCUCUAAAAAGUUUCUGUAAAACUGCAUCAAUUAUAAUCCACUGUUCUAUGUAGUUUCUUGCUUUGAACCUCUGAUCUGGCAUCAGUAGACGGUCUUAGUUAGUCUCUUUGUGUAUAUAUGUAACAUCAACGGGUAGCUGAAUGAUUCUAACAUGUGCAGUUGUUCAAAUGGUCUUAACUACUCUCAGUCCAAGUGAGGAAAUGUGCGAUAUGGAGAACAUUCAGAGUUCUGGAGCACGCAGUGAGUGGUGGUAAACAAAAUGUAUUAAAUUCAACUAGAAACAUGCUAACUCCAGUGAGCAAAAAUGUAAAAUAAACUGUUAGAAUAAAGGAAAUAGAUAUUUAGACACAAUAGGGUAUAAAAUUCAAGAUUACAUGGCAAAUGGUUAAAAUAAACACCAAGUAAUAAAUUAAUAAAGAAUACAUGCACUAUGCCUUCAACUCAUAUUAGUGUAGAGUGAUAUAUUUUCAUUUUUAAUUUCAAAGACAGGUUUUAUUUUUAGAUGGCCUCCUCUCUUAAUUGGCACUGCCAUUAAAUCACAAUAAUAUCUUGUUCAUCAAGUUGUCUUAAUUAGGAAGAUUUUGCCGAUUUAAAUUGCGAGUAAACUUUUAUUGUGUUGGAGUUGAUUAGCUGAUAACUCAAUAACGUCUGUUAUUUUUACCACAGAUGAUGUGGUUUUGUAUAUUGUUCAUGAAUAUGCAUCGUGGUAAUUAUGCUCAUUACUGCAGUGAAUGUUAGAAAUCAGACUGACAUCACUGAAUAUUAGCAUUUAUUUUUAUCUCUCUGGGGCGUGAUUCUGAAAACUCACCAGCUUUAAUAGCACUAUUCAGUACUAAUAUAGCUACAGAUCAUUCUUCAGUUAUCUGGUGUCCUCCAGAUGUUUUGUUCUACAACUUCCACCAGCUCCAGCCAGCAUGACCACAGAGCCCAAUCUGGUGGGCACCAGAUUGGCAAAAGCUGUUAUAGAUUGCACAAGAAGCUGCGCUACCAUCCCACUCUCACAGAGAUAUAUCAGUGGCUAGAUAUUUCUAAAUAUCUCACUAUUUAUGUUAUUACCAACCUUGGCUUAUUUUCUCAUCUGAGUGAGAGGCCUUAGGAAUAUAUGAAACCAAUGAUCUGACUUAGACUAAGGCAGGAGCUCAUCCUACACUUGAGUAGGACCCUGGCAGAGACACAUGCUCCUGGUUGAUCGUUCGGGAGCUUCAAAAGCUUUUGUCUGCCCAAACAUCACAGCGACUGAUGCCAACAGACAGCGACACACCUAGGGAUCCACAGAGUCUUUGCAGCUUGCAUGACAGAACUCAGCAACUCAGCAUUUUGGCUAAUCUACUUUAUUUACAUAUAAACACACACGGAGCACUGCAACAUGGCUCCCUCUCUCUCUAGCAUCAGACAGCAAAGAGAAUGAACAAAGGACAAUAGUCCCACUUCACGGAACACAGUAACACAAACAUCCUGUCUCCGUCACAUCCCACUCUGUGGAGUCAAAACAUAUACCAUCAUGUGAAAGACAACAAUCCCAUGACUGCAAUCAUGGAGCAGGAAUUCUAACAGCUUCAGCAUCUCUCUAGAGUUUCAGACAGAGGUCUUUCUACCUGGAGGUGCUAGGACUCAAACCUGGAACCUUCUGCAGGCAGAGGUUUUGCUAUACCAUUGAAUUCAGCCCCUCCCCAUGCCUGACUCUGAACUGAUUUUAUUCUUGGAGAUAGGCCCAGGAACUAUUUAAAACUGUAGUUCUUUGGCUCGUUUUGGAAUCAAUAGUUGGUUGAAGAGCCACAACUUCUUUAUCCUCAGCAUACAACAACCAUGAUCCAAUUGCCCAUUCAGAGAAUAGGAAUAGAAUGGGACUUCUCCAGAAAAACGGUGGAGAGAAAGUGGGAGGAGGCUGUUAGGCUCAGGUUGUCCUUUUAGCAGAGUAUUUUUAAAUAAAGUUCUAGACCAACUAUGCUUAUAAGGAUUCUAGGCACAAUUGCCAUUACUAACCAUAGUAAUACUCAUUAGCAUCAUAUUGAGCUGUGGCAGAGUUUCGAUAAUUUGGCAAAUGAAAUACAACACAAAAGCACAGAACUUGCCAUUUCUAUGGUGUCCUUUGAAAACAAUUCUGUACAAGACUAGUAUGCAAAACAAUAGGUUAGGCAUGGCAAUUGUGCUCUUAUUUGCACGGAAGAUUUUCUUUUGGUGAUAGAAAUGUGUUGUUUAGCAUAUGGCAGUGGUGGGCAACCUUUUAGGCAAGGGGGAGAGGAGCAAAAGAAGUGACUUUCGAUAGGACUGCUAUACAGCUAAAAUGUCCGGGGAGACCCAGGCAUAUGGCAGCCCAUAUUGGGCCAUAUCCACAACUUUUGUGUCUGGAUUUUCACUUUUUGAAAUAUGGCAGCUCUACUUUUGACCACCUUGGCUAUGCUGUGUGAAGGGGGAGGGCCUUGUGUCAGGGUAUGUGGAGCAACAUAUCAAACUGAAACAGGACAGUCAAGAGGACAGUGUAGGUGACUGCAUGCAGCCUCAGAGCACUGGUGGAGAAAGGGGGUGUGGGGUGCAGCUUGCCUUGGGUGUCAUCCCUGGGGGGGUGACAUCGCCACGCCACACACACCCCGGGAUGCUUGCUGUUGCCGGCGCAACCCCGGGACACUCGCAGCAGCCAGCAUCCCUCAGGGCGCUCGCCGUGGGUGUCUAGCCCUGCCCCGGUGGGCGGCUAGCCCCGUGAGCAUCGCUCUGGGUGCCGGAUCACCUUUCUCUGCCUCUGCCUCAGAGGGGUUAAAUUUUGCUGUGAAGGAGAGAGAAGGAAAAUAAGUUGGCUAAUUGGAGACAAUCAAAGAGCCUGGGGACCCCUGAGUUUCUUGUUGCGAGAGUGAAGGAGGGUUGUCAUAUGUCCAUAAUUUUCCGGACGUACACGAUUUCACAAAAUAUGCAAAAUAUUUCACUUUUUGAAAUAUGACGACUAGCAAAGGAACCCUAUAAUGUGCAUAGAGUAGAUAAUUCCCCCUAGUUUUCAUUUAUUGGGUUUUUACUCUGCCAAUAUAGGAUUCACCAGGUUCUAGAAGGCUCUUCUGUGGCUCACUUUUCACCGCAGACAGUUGCUAGCUUUGGAAAACACUGCACAUUGGUCUUUAAUCCACAUUCUGUAAGGCCGUUGCCAAUAGAGGAUUUAGCCUGACAGCUGUGUUUUCUUCCUGUUUUAUUUUUCCGAAAUACUUCCCCCGCCUCCAUGCCCUGUUGUUUGCAGCUUGCUUUUGAUGUCCCUUUGUAACAUUUCUAACUUGGCUUUUUUAGCAAAUGAAGAACCAUUCUCAAAAUCACUAAUUAGGUAUUCAGUUGUUGGGUCUCAUUUCCUGGCUGCUUUCUCUUUGUCUCCAUUUUGAGUACAACUUGCAGCUUUUUAUCCUUGGCCUUUUCUAACAAAGAUGUGAUUAUUGGUCAAUAUUCCUUAGCGUGUUGAACACUUGUUCUCUAAAGGAAGCAUUGUUGCAUUGGGCUGAAAUGUGUUCUCAAAACUUUAUAUAUUAACUUCCUGUGAUAUACUUAAGAUGGAUUCAAAUUCAACCAGAAAUUUGCAUUUGAAUAUUGAUAAUAAUACUUCUUUACAGUAUUACUGAUAUUCAGAGAAGUGUGAGCUUUGAAGGAUGGGUGUAUUUUGAUUUGCGUAUUGUUUCAGAAAGUGUGAAUUGGAUUGGUUCUCCUUUAAAUAAGAAUGGAUUCCAGUUUUGUCCCCUUCCCUGUCUCCUGUGUUAGUAGCAAAUGGCAUCCAGCCUGUUAUUUGAAACCAACACUUUUGUUUCUUUGUGAAGGUAUGCACUCACUAUUAUUUAUACUAGCAGUAAGAUCUAUUACCUGAACUAGUUUCAAGAGAACCUAUACAGUGGUACCUUGGUUAGUUUAUGAACAACUUGGAUUAAGAACGCUGCAAACCCAAAAGUAGGUGUUUAGUUUGUAAACUUUGCCUUGGUAGCAGAACAUGUUUCCACUUCCUGUUGAGUGUGUUCCAGUUGUAAAUUGAGCCCCCCACUGCUAUGGAAAAGCACACCUUGGUUUAAGAACGCUUUGGUUUAAGAACGGACUUCUGGAAUGGAUUAAGUUCAUAAACCAAGGUACCACUGUACAACAGUUUGUUCCCUUCAGUUUCUAUAUAAUAUUAGUAAGAACGCAUCAACAAGAGGUCAUUGCCUCACAGUGAUCUCUCAGUUGUUUAUUCUAUGAGUGAAUAUGAGGAGUCACACAUGAUAAUGAAAUUUGUCCAUUUAGAAAAGGUUUGUACCAAAUGUGAGAGAGACCAAUAACUGAUAUGAUAAAGGGAUAUUUCUCUGACUAUUCAUCUCACUAGUAACAAUAAAAUAGAUAGCUGUAUUGUAAGUGACAGCCUCAAUUGAUACACAACUCUGAUGGCUAGCUGAAGGGUAUAGUGAUUUAUAUUGCUGACAAUUACUUAGGCAAAACACUCACACAAAUCAAGAAAUGCUGAGAGAAAUUGGUAAGUAUUAAUAAUAUGCUUCAUAAUGUGCUAAAUAGAGCUUGUGGUGCCAAUCAAUGGAAUGUCAUCAAGUAACGAAGCAAAUAGAGGGGAAGAAAGAGAGGAAAGCAAAGAGCUGUAAUUUGUUGCUAAGCAACACUUGGCCAAUUUUUCUCUUGUUUCUUGUGGGUUAUCUAGAACCAAUUAAGGAGACCACCAGCUCAGGGCUGGCCUUGCCAUUAGGCAAAGUGAGAGGGCUGCCGCAGACAGCUGAUAUGGGGUGUCGUGAAAGGGUAGCAAAUGAUUAGUUAUGCAAUUUUUGUUGUUGUUGUUGUUUUGUUUCUUUUACGGCUGUGAGAGGCAGAAGUGCUUUGGGGGUUAUUAUUAUAUUUUUGCUUCAAAUUCCAAAAUAACUUAACCAGCCUUGGGUGUUAUGUACCUUGACCUGGAAGCAGGAACACCAUGCUGUUCCGCCCCAGGUAGCAAAAUGUCUUGGCAAGGCCCUGCCUGAGGCUCUGGUUGUCGCAGUUUCACUGGGAAAACCAUGAUUUACAAAGCCCUGCGGCAGGGAAAACUCAACACUUGAUCAGUCCCAGUUUUAAAGCAGCAGCACAGCAUGUGCCUAGGCUGGCAGAAGCUGAAGGCUCAGGAUAUACUCUGCUUAGAAAAGUCACAUAUAAAACCUCCACAAUCUUCAUAUAUAGAAACUAAUCCUUGUGAUGGUUGUCUAGUUCUUUUGUGAGGAAAAUGCAGAUGGCAAGAAGCUUUCUUAUUUGUACCACAAGUGUCAUCUAUCUCUAUCCAGAAUAUGCUGCUUUCAAUCUAGAUUAAUUCUAAAUCAUGCUAUCCACAUGGCUGCGUGGUAAGAGUUUACUUCUAAACCACUGGUUCUUGCCCAGGUGAGGGAGCAAACCUUUAAAUAAAAAAUCAAAGCCAAGUACCCAGCAGAGACCCAUCUUAUUUAGAAAAUCUUUUGCACAACAGAACAGUCUUGCUAACCAGUUGUUCGGUGAACCACUGCCCUCUCAAAAAAAUGAUUAAUGGGAACCGUAGCUUGUUAAGGAUGCUAGAAACUGUAGCUCAGUGAGGGGGUAAGCCAGUUUGGUGGGAAAAUGUAUGGGGUGUGCACCAUUUAAGUGCAUAGGACAUGCUUUCAGUUAGGUACUCAGUGUUGGUUCUUCACAUGCCAUCGCAGUUUGGUGUGGCCAACCAACAGAGCAAAACAGAGACAUGGGGUCCCUGCAUUCUCUAGGGGGCCCCACUGAAUUUGAUUAGACAAACAGUGUCUCCACCUGAGAGAUGAAAAGUCAUCAGGGUAUGUGGUGGCAGCAAGAUUUAAAACCAUAAGUAUUUUUUAACCAUUGUGUCCACUUUUUUUUCAUCUAGUAAAUAAAACUAUGGACUGUUUAGCACCUUGAAAACAAGCUGCAUUUGCAGAGUCAUUGAAGAGAAUGACCCAAAAAGAUGGGAUGGUUCAUCUAGGCUUUAACGAUCAGCAUUGGUUUAGGCUUUUAUUGUCUGAGAUGGUAAUAAAAAUGAAACAAUCAGCACUCUAUUUACACCCAGGAGAUUAUUCUUCUUGUUCCAUGACCUGAGGUGCCAUGGAGAAGGACCUUCUUCUGCUGAGUCCUAUAAUGCUGGUAUUAAAAGUUUAAUGAAACAGAGCAUUAGAACACAAAGUGGCAGUGCUUAGACUGCUCCUCUUGUGUUUUUAUGUCCUUUGCAUUAGUGUGAACCAGUAUUUCUCCAUAAAUGCAUAGAAAUAAUAGUUGUAGUUGCUGAAAGGUUUUAUAGCACAACAUCAGCUAGUCCACAAGAGGCAAUGCAAAGCUAAAAAGCGAACAUGUAAAUAAUACCUAACAGAGUCAUGUGGGAUCAAAGAAAGUAGGAAGAAAGUGUUUGCUAUGGAUCAGCCAUGUGUUCUCUAGGUAACAUUUUUGGUUCAAAUGCAGCAAUUUCAAGUAGGGAAGUCAGAAAGUCUUGUAAAAUCCUAAAUUCAACUUUUUGUGAAUGUUUGUUCACAGUCAUUUCCUUCCUUUUGCUUGAGUGGCCAUUUAAAAACCUCUGUUCCAUUCUUUCUUAAGUGAACCUAGGCAAUUAAGAAUCACAUCCUGGAUGUAAUGAUGGUACGGAAACUCUGGAGUCAAUCAGAUUUGACACUUUCCCGAGCAUCACUAAGGGUGAAUGGCUAAUUUGGACUCAGGUGGUCUUUAUAGGAAAGAUGACUAAAUAGCAGGGGGGAUGCACCUUGGGAUCAGACUACAUGCUACCUUACACAGAUGUCAGUUUGUCUCCCCCCUCCCAUUCUGUGGCAGAUCAGGGAGGAAGGCAGUAGUCACCCAUCAAACCAUUUCACAAGCCACUUCUAAAGAUAGUUUAAAAAGAAUAGCACACAUUUAAAUUAGAAGGGUGCUACAAUAAUAAGCAGCAAUGUGUGCAAAAUAUGUCAAAUGUUUUUCCAGCUAGAUGAUGAUGAUGAUGAUCAUCAAACAAACUAACAAACAAACUUCACUAUUGAGGGCAAAUUAGAUUAUGUAGGACAAGUAGAGUAAGGAAUGUUAACUGAAAUUUCAGUUUUUCUAAUGUCUUUGAUGAAGUUGUAAGCUUCACAAAUGCAUGCCUUUCAGUUUCAUGUCUGCUUAGACAACAGUUAUCUUUGGUUACCUGGAGCUGAACUUCUUGAUCUUGCCUAAGCAUCAUUGCCACCCUUACUGAUGUCAUGUACAUAUCAUACAGAUGCCAUAUAUGUGUGGCAUUAAUCAGGAUGCCACUGAAGAAAACAUGGAAGUAUUUGGGGAUAUAAAGAGGAAACUUCUUACAGGGAUUUGUUUGAAUAGCUUCAGUUUCUUGGCAAAAUUGCUGAUCAGUCUCAGCCAAUCCCUUCUCACCUGCCCUUACAUUCUGAAUUUGGUUGAUCUGGUAUAUCUGACUUGCUGUUCAUCUCAUUUUGUAAUGUUAAUAAAUACAACCAUUCUCCCAAUGUUUUGUCUUAAAAGUCUUCUUUGUAGGUGUGGGGGCAAUUGCACAUUUUUCUAUUUAAAAAAAUGCAAAUCAGUUUCACAUUCUAAAAUGUUUUCUUUUUGCUUGUUUCUCCCAGUUUGCUCCCAGUUUUCAAGAGGAGUCUUUGCUAUUUUUGGAUUUUAUGACAAGAAGUCUGUAAAUACCAUCACAUCAUUUUGUGGAACACUUCAUGUCUCCUUCAUAACACCCAGCUUCCCAACAGAUGGAACACACCCAUUUGUCAUCCAGAUGAGGCCAGACCUCAAGGGAGCACUUCUGAGCUUGAUUGAAUAUUACCAGUGGACCAAGUUUGCAUAUCUCUAUGACAGUGACAGAGGUAAGGUGUUCUUCAUAACUUACGGAAAUUAAUUUUGAACCACAAACCUAACUGAAAUGAUGUAGGAGCCCGAGAGUGCCAAGCAUAACAGAACAGUUUUGUAAGUUCUGGCCUUGGGUGCUUAAGGAUAAAGGGUGACUGCUGUAAUAUGGUAAGUAGCAGACUGAACUGCCUUCUGGAUCCAAGACAUUGCUUAUGCGUCUUUUUUCUUUCUUCCUGGAAAAAUAAAUAAAUCAAUGGGUGCAUCUCUACAAGUCAUUUCAAAAGGACUCCUGCAGAGGAAAAUAUUAUGUUAGAACCAGUCCUUUGAGAGUAAUAGAUGACUUUCACUUAAAAGUAAUGGUUUUCACAGUAUGAAUUUCCCUAGGGAAACUGGGUCAGUUGUCAUGUAGGCUCCCGGUGCAUAUCAUCCGCCAAUCUAUACCAAGAUGGAAAAUAUUACUAGCUGGAACCUUAUUGAAUUUUAUUUGUCGUUAUCCCUGUGGAAAGCUGUGACAGUGUUUUCUUAAAUGAAGAAAGUUCACUGCAACUCCCUCCCUCUAAGAGCAUUUUUAAUGGCAGAAAAAUGUUUUUAAAAGAUGGCUGGGGGGGCGGGUCUAGGGGGGAACCUAGGCAAAAAGGGAAAAAAAGUGUGCAAUAUUCUGCUGUUAAAGUUUCUCCUUCCCCUUUCCUGCUGCGUUGCAGUUAGAGGUGUCAGGUAGGGACACUUGCAAAGUCAGAUACCCCUGUUCAAUGUUUGUAAGCAGUAUCAAGGUGAAAAGCCUUGCCCAGCUCAAGAGGACCUCAUACUGCAGUUCUCCUUGUGUAGGUACCCUUCACAGGUUAUGACUUAUCCGUCCAACCAUUCCCUCGCCUGUUGCCCCAAGCCAACCACUGCACCUGCAUCUCUAGAACAUGGCACUUGACUGGGGGUAGAGACCAUGUUUAUCCUGUGCUUUACACAGGAAAAGACCAAGUUGUGCCUUGUGAGGAAGGCAGGCAUUGUUUGCCAAGGAAUGGGAGUGUCACAUACAGAUCCAGUUUGGAUAUGUAUUUUCAUCUUGCUAUGCUGUGGCUUAAGAUUAAGAAUCUGCAUUUCAAUUUACCUGGGGAUUGCAGAUUUAUUCAUGUUAGGGUUUAAUACUACUAGUGUUUUAUUAGUAUUAGGGUUUUAGGGGAAAGCUAACUAGCCUGGUGUACCAGGGAAGGCUGGAAGCAUUGGGGGCUGAAGAGAGUGUGUGGAUCUGAUGGUCGUUCCUGACUUGCUGAAGCUAUGGUCAGUUCAGUUCAGACUCUGAAAAAGAGUACUUAUCUAUAAAAGCAUUUCUGAUUUCCUUCAAGCAGCAGCCCCCUCUGCUUGUCCUGAUCCCUUGUGUAAGGUGCUCAGUAAGGAGCUGUCCCUGAAAGGGAGCGUUGUCCUCCAAUAUGCAUACAUAGAAGUACUAUCUACUUCAGCAUGAGAAGUGAGACCAGGGAGGCGGGGAAUAAUUAUGGCUGAUUAGGACAGUGUUCUGGAAGCUACUAACAUGAGUUUGACCAAACCGCGGGCGGCAGUGGAAGACAGGAGUGCCUGGUGUGCUCUGGUCCACGGGGUCACGAAGAGUUGGACACGACUAAACGACUAAACAACAACAAUGUAAAGGGAAUGGGAUGUAUUGCAACUGGUGUGGUGUCCUAAAAUGUAGCCUGUCUUAAACAGCACUAAGUAGGUGAGUGAGUUAUUUAUUUCUUUUAUACUAUUCAGAUCUAUUUUUAAAGAUUUGAAUCAAAGUUAAUCAACUAGCAAAUUUAAAUUAGCAUAUAUUUAGAGAAAGUGUGUUCUCCUUCAUGGAGAGCACGUGUUGCGGUGGGGGCCACCAGGACACUCCAAAGUUGGGGACGGGCUAAUUGUUCGUUGGCCACUGAUGCGAUUGGGGCUUCCCUUGUUGUUGGGAAGAAGUUAAUGUUGCCAUUUGUUGAUUGACAGCCAGAAAUGCUAAAACUCCUUGCAUGAGGCUAGGGCUUCCUCUUUUCGACCGUGCAUCGGAUUGCCUGUCCCCCCCUCCCUAGAAUUAGGGUUGUUCGCUUUGACCUUGCUAUGCCUGUCAUGGGGUCAUCUGCUCUUGGGGCAGGGGCCUGGUAGGAAUUUUGUCCAUCUGGCUGAUUGGCUGGGGCCAUUUGGUUUUUGCCUACUGCGUAGCAAAUCGUCACAACUUGUAAGGCAUUGCUGUUAGGCAUUGGUUUAUGGUUUGGUUGGUUGAGGGGAAGUGGUUGAGUGCCUGCCCUUGGUAGGUUGAGUGCCUGCCCCUCUAAUGCUGCUGCUGCAAGGGAUUCCAUUAAAGGAAUUGGGGGCUAACUAUUGCUUGUCCACUCUGUCAAGGGGGCUCGGGCCAUAGCAAUGAGCUCCUGAUUGCAUUUGGGGUGAGGGCAGGUUCCCUGCUCCGCGUAACCCCCAAGUGUAUUCCCCUAUUCUGACUUUCGCAUUGUGCGGAAUGUCAGUCUGUCCCCCAUGGUGGGGGCAGAUAGUCACAACCAAUGCCUAAGCAACCACUCACAAAUUUGUUUUUCAAUAAAGUUGUGGCCAAAAUUAUGCCAAAAAUCUUAAACAAAAAAUUCUGUGUGAUGUGUGAGUUAUUGGGGUGGCCCUGGGGACCUCGACACGCAAAAUACCAUGAGCAUUAACAGUUCAUCCUCUUGAGGAAACUUUUGACUUUCUCAUACAAAAGUGUUCAGGGUCUUUUGGUGUUUACGAAAGCCUUCUAACCAUAGAUUGCACAGGCCACUAAUGAUUCUGCAGAAAUGAAGCCAUUCUCCUUACAAGACCAUUUAACAGGAAUUGCCUUUGACAAUAUUGUGACAUUAAACCACUGCAGAAGCAGCAGUGAGUUAUGGCUUGGAUUCGUUCUGUUGCCCACGGAUUAUUUUUCUGUUGUGGAAACUGAGGCAUAGGGAAGUGAAAGUUCUUCUCCUGCAAAGUUCUUAUCUUGAUAGGCUUGCUUGCAACACUGCAAAGUGACAUUUAACUAGUCUCUAUUGUCUGCGUUCUUCCUGUAAAUAUCCCUGAAAGCCAUUUUACAAGCUUUGUCUUUAUUAAGGGCUGAAUGAUACAUUAUGCACAAGUGUAAGCUGGGUCUAAUUCAAAUUGUCUUUUCCCACACUAGAAAUCUUGCAAAAAAAGUGAUGGGUGAAGAAAGAUCUGUGUGUGUGUGUGUGUGUGUGUGUGUGUGUGUGAAAGAGAGGGGGAGGAGGGAGGGAGGAAAGGAGAGAUCUUUCUUUAUCCAGCACUGUUUCUUUGUGAGAUUUUUAGUCUGCUCCUUCCCCAACACAGCUGCUUUCCCCUAUUAGAGAAGGCUAUAGUUGAGGGAAACUGCUUAGAGGAGUUUGGGAAUGGAAAAGUGUCAAGUGGGGCAUACAUGCACACUUUUCAGCUUCAUGUCACCUCCUUCAAAGUUGGUGUUCUGGUUUGGGGUUUUGGGGUUUUUUUUAAAGGGGCCCAUGGGUUAAAUUGUAUCAGUUUGCUUGUAAUGUCUAGUUCUGCUCAUAUAGCCCCUUUUUGCAUUCACACACACAAGCAGCUGCCUUGUGGGAGGAAGGAAGUUUAUGCCCCUGUUUAUUUUGCAAGCUCACCUUUGGGAACUACAAUUCCCAAAAUGCCUCAUUGCCUCAUUAAAGAGCUUUGCCAAGCCAUAAGACACUUUUAAAGGGCCCUUGACACACAUUUCUGCCUGCUGUCACACUAAAAAGGCUUGUACAAGUGCCAGAAACUCAUGUCUCUUGUUUUCAGCCUCCUAGAAGAAAAUAAAUCUCAUUAACUGGGACAAACCAGAAAUGCUGGACUUACCUGUUAAAGGCGUUAGAAGUGAAGAGACACAAGAAUCGGACAGCUGAAAAUUUUUAAUUGGCAAUAAUUACUUUUAAGGGACCUGUCUAAUAGGAGACAAAGGAAAAGAAGCAAAAGGAAGAUAAACCUCUGCAGAAUAAACAAAGAAGGUGCAACAGGGUGCAAGCAGAGAUAAUUUUUGAAAUUUUGGGGCUGAACCAAGGGUUCUUGGCAAAUGAAUUUCAUUGAUUCAGGUGCUUGGUAAAGCCUGGCUUUGUAAAAACAAAGACUUUGUCUAAAUAUGAUUAUUUUUGUACUGCUGGAAUUUGUUAACUAGGUUGGUUGGCAUUGUUAACUCAUUAAUGUAAGUGUAAAUAUGUUGUCUUUUUUUAGGGAUUGUAUUUGUUUUACUUUGUUUUUAUUACUCUUUUUUAAAUACCUCGAGUCUCUGGAAAAAUAAGUGGGAUAGAAUAUUGUUAAAGGUUCAUUUUAGUCAGAUUCCAGAUGUAUUCCUUACUCAAAAUAGUGUUUUUAGGAGAGUAGCUAUUCGGCAUGUAAGAAAGCGCCUUGAACACAUCCCUAUAAUGUUUCAGUGUACUUACUUAAACCUUUAUUUGUGGUCCAUGUUUGGAUGUUUACAGACAUUUCAAAACCUUGAGACCUGGAAACUUUUCAAAACAUGAAAGCUCAAAUUCUCAGACUUUGGUCCCAUUUUUGCAAAUUUUGCCCAUUUUUAGGUCCAUAACUGCCUGUUAAGCUGUCAGUCAUGUUUUUGUACUGAACAUUAACUUUUCUAUAGAUUCCUUCCUGUCCAUUUUCUCUUCACUUUAGCAGCUGGGGAUAGCAGUCAGGAUCUCUGAUGGAAAAGUAGGAUUUUAGAGAUUCCAUGAUACAGUUGAUUCCUCUGGUUAUUUAUUUAUUUAUUUAUUUAUGGAAAUAAAACAUCACUUUGACAUUUCACAUAAUUUUCUCAUCCCCUUUGACAGAUUACUUUCCUCACCAGGCAGUCUCAUUAUGGGUACUUGAAGUUCAGGAGUGUUUUCCCUUGUUCCAAAUUAGGAGCUCAACAUUUAACAUAUUAGAAAGGAGGCUCAUUAAAUUAGAUUCCCUGUUCCGCUCAAUCCACCACUUUGGAUAGUAUAGUGUCAACAUGGACAUGUGCAGUAGUAGCAGGAACCAUAUACAGUACAAGGAAUUUUUAAAAACCUUAGGGGGUCCUCUCCACACUCCAGAAGUAAUUAACUUGUUCGAUUACAUUGGCCCUUUUGACAUUUUCUAUAGUGUUUAACAAGCGGAACAAUUUGCUGGCUUCUUCAAAGGUUACUUUGCAAUACUUCUGCUCUCUAAAACUGUAGCUGCACUGCAGGAUAGCCUGGGUUUUUGUUUUUUCAGCAUUUUGAUCCAUGGCCUUUUCUUUUUCUAUGUAUUGUAGGUAAUCAGGAAUUGUGUAACACAGAACACACAAGAAAAAGUUUAAAAGGAGCAAGGGGAAGAUUAGGGUGGGGCUGAGCAGCCACUCAACUCUGCCUGCACAUAGAAACUGAUGGCAAAAGCAUACCCUCCAACAUUUCUCCAAUGAAAAUAGGGAUGUCCCAUUCCAUAAUGAUAAUUUAUACCCCACACAUCUUACUGGGUUUCCCCAGCCUCUCUGGGUAGCUUCCAACAUAUAUUAAAAAGACAAUAAAACAGUAAACAUUUAAAAUAUUUAAAAAUGCUUCCAUAUUCAAGAUUGCCUUCAGACAGCUUGGGGGGUCAGAUAACUCCAUAUCCCCAGUGAAAAUAGGGGCAUCCUACCACACCCUCCAACAUUUAUCCAAUGAAAAUAGGGAUGUCCUAAGGAAAAGCAGAACCUUCCGGAAUCAAAUCAGAAACUGGGACAGCUUCUCUAAAUCAGGGAUGUCCCUGGAAAAUAGGGACACUUGGAGAGUCUGCAAAAGCAAGAGGCUAGAGUGUUGGACUAGAGUCUGGGAUCUGAACUGGUAAUGAUGGACUAGAAACAAAAGCUUGGGGUCAUAGUAGCUCAAUGCAGAGGUUGACCCAGUGUGCAGCAGCUGGAACAAAAGGCAAAUUUAAUGAUAGGGAUCAUUAGGAAUUGAAAAUAAAAGUGCUGAUAUCAUAAAACUGUUAUAAAAAUCUAUGUUGCGGCCACCCUGGCAAUAAUAAUAAUAAUAAUAAUAAUAAUUUAUUUGUACCCCGCCCAUCUGGCUGGGUUUCCCCAGCCACUCUGGGCGGCUUCCAUAGAAACCAAAAAUACAGUAAAAUAUCACAGAUUAAAAACUUCCCUGAUCAGGGCUGCCUUAAGAUGUCUUCUAAAUGUCAGGUAGUUAUUUAUCGCUUUGACAUCUGAUGGGAGGGUGUUCCACAGGGCGGGUGCCACUACCGAGAAGGCCCUCUGCCUGGUUCCCUGUAGCUUUGCUUCUCGCAAUGAGGGAACCGCCAGAAGGCCCUCUGGCGCUGGACCUCAGCGUCCGGGCAGAACGAUGGGGGUGGAGACGCUCCUUCAGGUAUACUGGGCCGAGGCCGUUUAGGGCUUUAAAGGUCAACACCAGCACUUUGAAUUGUGCUCGGAAACGUACUGGGAGCCAAUGUAGGUCUUUCAAGACCGGUGUUAUGUGGUCUCGGCGGCCGCCCCCAGUCACCAGUCUAGCUGCUGCAUUCUGGAUUAGUUGUAGUUUCCGAGUCACCUUCAAAGGUAGCCCCACAUAGAGCGCAUUGCAAUAGUCCAAGCGGGAGAUAACUAGAGCAUUCACCACUCUGGCGAGACAGUCCGCGGGCAGGUAGGGUCUCAGCCUGCGUACCAGGUGGAGUUGGUAGACAGCUGCCCUGGAUACAGAAUUGACCUGCGCCUCCAUGGACAGCUGUGAGUCCAAAAUGACUCCCAGGCUGCGCACCUGGUCCUUCAGGGGCACAGUUACCCUAUUCAGGACCAGGGAGUCCUCCACACCAACCGGCCCCCUGUCCCCCAAAAACAAUACUUCUGUCUUGUCAGGAUUCAACUUCAAUCCAUUAGCUGCCAUCUGUCCUCCAACCGCCUCCAGGCACUCACACAGGACCUUCACCGCCUUCACUGGUUCUGAUUUGAAAGAGAGGUAGAGCUGGGUAUCAUCUGCAUAUUGAUGGACACCCAGUCCAAACCCCCGAUGAUCUCUCCCAGCGGCUUCAUAUAGAUGUUAAAAAGCAUGGGGGAGAGGACGGAACCCUGAGGCACCCCACAAGUGAGGGCCCAGGGGUCUGAACACUCAUCCCCCACCACCACUUUCUGAACACGUCCCAGGAGGAAGGAGCGAAACCACUGUAUAACAGUGCCCCCAGCUCCCAGCCCCUCUAGACGGUCCAGAAGGAUGUUAUGGUCAGUUGUGUUAAAGGCCGCUGAGAGAUCCAGCAGAACCAGGAAACAACUCUCACCUUUGUCCCUAACUCGCUGGAGAUCAUCAACCAGCGCGACCAAGGCGGUUUCAGUCCCAUGGUGAGGCCUGAAUCCCGAUUGGAAGGGAUCCAAAUGGUCCGCAUCCUCCAGGUGUGCCUGGAGUUGUUCAUCAACCACGUGCUCAAUCACCUUGCCCAAGAAUGGAAGAUUUGAGACUGGGCGAUAGUUGGCCAUACUGGCCGGGUCUAAAGAUGGUUUUUUAAGAAGCGGUUUAAUGACCGCCUCUUUCAGCGGAUCUGGGAAUGUUCCCUCACAGAGGGAAGCGUUUACCACCCCACAGAGCCCAUCGCCCAGCCCUUCCCGGCUUGCUUUUAUUAGCCAGGAUGGGCAAGGAUCAAGGAGACAGGUGGUUGCUUUCACGCGUCCAAGCAGCCUGUCCACAUCCUCGGGGGUAACGGAUUGAAAUUGAUUCCAUGCAACUUGACCAGACAGAGCUCUAGCACUCUCCCGCCCCGGCCCUGCUCCCACGGUGGUGUCUAGCUCCUUCCGAAUAUGAGUGAUUUUAUCUGCAAAAAGCUUUGCAAAAUCGUUGCAGGAGAUCUUGGGGUCUUUACAAGGCCCUGGUGGUAAAGGUGGUUCCGUUAAAUUGCAAACCACCUGAAAGAGUCUCCUGCUACUAUUUUCUGCAGAUGCAAUAGAGGCGGUGAAGAAAUAUUGUGUACAGCUCUAGUUGCAUCAUCUCGAAAAGGAUAUUGUAGAGCUGGAAAAGGUUCCAAAUAAGAAAACCUGAAUGAGGAAAUGUUGCAGCAUUUGGGACUUUUUAGUCAGAGGAAGACGAGAAGUUCAUAAAAUGGUACAUGGCAUAGAGAAGGCGAAGAGAUAGAAGCUCAUAGCUCAUGGACAUCCAAUGAAGGUGAUUGCUGGAAGAUCCAGUAAAGAGAAAAGACAGGACUUCUUCACACAGUGCAUAGUUAAAUAGUGGAACUCACUUCCACAAGAGGCAAUGAUGCCCAGCAACCUAGAUGGCUUGAAAAGAGGAUUAGACAAUUUCAUGAAGGAGAUGGCUAUCAAUGGCCACUAGCCAUGCUGGCUGUGCUCUGCUUCCACAGCUGGAGGCAGCAAUGCUUCUCAAUGCCAGUUGCUGGAAACCACAGGAGGGAAGAGUGCCCUUGUGCUCCAGUAAUGCUUGCAGAUUUCCCACAGACAUCUGAUUGGCCACUGUGAGAACAGGAUGCUGGACUUGAUGGGCCAUUGGCUUGAUCCAGCAGGCUCUUCUUAUGCUCUCAUGGUCCCAUAAACAAAUACAAUUUAUUGCCCCAUAUCCAUAUCUUGGUAAUGGGUGAGAGAGAAGGAACAAAAGAAAGAUCAAAAGCUUUAGUUUAGUGCUGCUUUUCCACACUGAAUUGUGCUCAAAGUGGCUUACAACAAACACUUUCGGGGGGAUUUUAGUUGGGGGGGGAAAGAGAGAGAAAAUGGUUAAAACGGGAUAAAAAUCAAAAAUUCAACAGAGUUCACAUAAAAUCAACCAUUCAACAAAAAUAAAUGCAGUGCAGAAGGGGUGGGAUCUUAUAACCAAUUUGCAGUUGGCACCCCCCUCCCAGAGAAAGUGCUGGGAGGAGCAAUGAUGGUGAGUCCUCUUCCACAGCCUACUAGACAUUCCAGAAGCUAUUACUAGUCUUACAGAACUUAAAGAGGAGGCUUUAAAUGUGUUGUCUCUCAAGCCCAAAAGCCAAAAAACAACUCAGUAGCAUUUAAUUAUUGAUUCGGCGGGUGUAGCUGUAUUAUUUUUUCUCCUGACAGGUCUUUUUUCAAGAGACGAUGCCCAACGGUAGCAUAGAAACUCUUCUUCCUAGAAAUAAUAAAAUCUCUUCCAAAAUGAACCUGUAGUGCAAACAAAUGGAUGUUGUUAUAGGAGCUCACAUCUUCACUGCACAGAAAUUCAUAGGGAUCCCAGAAAUUUGUGGCCAUUGGUUCAUUAUUUUUUUUAAAAAAAAUGGGGAUUCUGGUUUGCUUAGCUAGUUGUUGAGCUAUCCUGGAAAUAAAUUAACCUAAGAGCCAUGCAUCUGAGGUUGAGUCUUUAUUGUAUUUUUCUAUCUUACCAGGUUUGUCGACACUACAAGCUGUACUGGACACUGCAGCUGAAAAGAAAUGGCAAGUGACUGCUAUAAAUGUGGGCAACAUUAAUAAUGACAGAAAAGAUGAAACAUACCGCUCAUUGUUUCGGGAUCUGGAGGUAAAAAGAGAAAGGCGAGUCAUUCUCGACUGUGAACGGGAUAAAGUCAACGACAUUGUAGACCAGGUUUGCUUCCCUCUAUUUUUUAAUGCCUAACAGUGUAAGCGUAUAUGAAAUGCUCCCAUCAUGAUUUAUCAUCACAAUUUAUUUGUGUUGGGUCCAGCGUUGGUAAUAAAAUUGCAUUCUUUUUUGCAUACUUCGGCAAUGACAAGAACAUUCUGCUAACGCUGAUGCAUGGAGCAGAAAAUCCAGUUCAUCAGAUUUUUUAGAAAUCAAAUUUCUAUUGUGAUUAAUAAAUGCUCUCGGUGUUUAAUGCACAGUUCUCAUUUUCACAGUAACUUGGAUCCAAAGGAUCCAUGUAUGAGCAUACGGUGCUUUCGCUUACACCUGGAUAGGAGGAAAUUGCUGAUUCCCACCCUUGGCUGUUCUGCCGGGGCAGAGAGCAGGAAGGGCUUAGCUGGUUAUAAACUGGCCCCACUGCCACCACCUGUUGGCACUGAGCCCAAUCUGGGUUCAAGUAUUACACCAGAUCCAGGCUAGCUGCUCUGUGCUGUGAGUGAUGGGGCUGUAGAUGCAGCAGUGGCUGCUCCACUCUGUCACUUCCCACUUCUACCUGGCUGGGAUUAGAAUUGCUCUGUUACUCACCUGGAGCUGAGCAGAUUGAAAAGCUUUUGAGCUGGAGUGGAAAGUGAAUCUGUGGGCUGAAGGCUUUAGGUAGAAUGCCUUGCUUCCAUCCUUUCUCAACACAAGACCUUUUCAUUCUGGCACUUCAUCAAAUGAAGUCCUCUAUAAGACGCCUAUUAUGUACUUCUGACCAUCAGAGAAGAUUAAAAGGAUGAUACCUGAAAUGAAACGUGGAUGCCUUGGUUUGAUCAAUGGUAAAUUAAAAGAUACUCAGUCUGAUCUAUACUACCUAGUUAACUUGAAGUACUUGGAGUGUAGCCUGUUUAGCUCCAUUGACAUUUAUAGGACUAAAUCAGAAAAAAAUAAACAGACCCCAAGCUCUUUAGUUUAUUGCAGAACAGGUUGUACUUCUUCCAUAACAGUAACUGUGGGUUUUUUUCCUAGGGAAGGCUAGCAGUUGGCUCAUCCUCUUUUUGAGCCUGUGAAUAAUGCAAUAAUGCUUCUGUAACACAGGGCACAGAAGAGAUUUCAAAGCUCAGUUGGUUAGAGUGUGGUGCAGAUAACGCCAAGGUUGCAGGUUGAAUCCCCGUAUGGGACAGCUGCAUAUCCCUGCAUUGCUGGGGGUUGGACCAGAUGAUCCUCAGGGUCCUUUCCAAUGCUACAAUUCUGUGAUUCUAAGACAGAUAUAGAAUGGCUAGCCCUUGUGUUAGCACUAUAUAUGAAUAAUAUAGCAUACUUGUGGGAAUUGCAAUGUCAUACCCACACCAUAUAGUUAUAACACAUUACUCCACCAUGAAGAAUCCUGAAAAAUUCCCGUCACCCUUAACAAACUACAGCUCCCAGGAUUAUUUGGAGGAAGCCAUGUGUUUUAAAUGUGCUUUAACUGUAUACUGUCAAUGUGACCAAAAUGUUUCAUUGUAUCCUGGCCCAGUGCCAGAACUGCUUUUCUACUGGUCAGUCAGGCACCCUAUCGUUCAGUGGCAGUCCUACAUUUUGGGGGCCCUGAAGCUUGAACUAUCAUGGGGGCCCCUUCACAACUAGCAACAAGGUCUGGAUAACCACUGUCAUCUUCUUCAAGGGGGUUGUUCUAUGACAGAUCAGCAUAAUAUUAUUUUUUAAAAAAAAUUAAGUAUAGUGGUACCUCGGGUUAAGUACUUAAUUCGUUCCAGAGGUCCGUUCUUAACCUGAAACUGUUCUUAACCUGAAGCACCACUUUAGCUAAUGGGGCCUCCUGCUGCCGCUGCACCGCUGAAGCACAAUUUCUGUUCUCAUCCUGAAGCAAAGUUCUUAACCUGAAGCACUAUUUCUGGGUUAGCGGAGUCUGUAACCUGAAGCGUAUGUAACCCGAGGUACCACUGUACUACACCUCAGAUUUUGCUUCAGAUUGCUGUACCGCAACACUCUACCUUUACAACAUUUAUGCUUUUGGCUUUCAAACUUUGGGAUUGUUGAGAUAUAUACAACAAAAAAUUAAUCCGUUUGAGCUGUGUGAUUCAAAUUGGGUCUACCAGACCUAAUUGUUUUAAGCAAUGUGGACUAAAGUCGCUUCUGGGACCCUCUGGGAUUAGGGGCCCUGAAGCUUAAGCUUCAUUUGUUCAUAGUAGAUCCACCCCCCGGGUCAGGCUUGCUCUCUCCCAGGGAUAAUACAAGCUUUAAGGAGCUCAGUCAGGCCAAUUCACUGACCCUCAACAAGGCCACUGAGCAUACUUAGUCUUCACUGAAUACAGUGGUGCCCCGCAAGACGAAUGCCUCGCAAGACGGAAAACCCGCUAGACGAAAGGGUUUUCCGUUUUUCAAUGCGCUUCGCAGGACGAAUUUCCCUAUGGGCUUGCUUCGCAAGGCGAAAAUGUCUUGCGAGUAUUGAGAUUUUUUUUCGCUCCCCCCCCUUUUUCUAAGCUGCUAAGCCUUUAAUAGCCUUUUAGCAGCUAAGCCGCUAAGCUGCUAAGCCUUUAAUAGCCGCUAAACCGCUAAUAGCGCUAAGCCGCUAAGCCGCUAAUAGGGUUGCUUCGCAAGACGAAGAAACCGCUAGACGAAGAUACUCGCGGAACGGAUUAAUUUCGUCUUGUGAGGCACCACUGUAGUUCUUUGGGUAUCGGCUGCCAUUUUAUACUCACAUUGGAGAAACCCCGUUAAACUCAGCGGAUGUAUACAUGUAUAGGAGUUACAUACAGAUAUAUUUUUACUUUCAAAUAUUUUUAGGACUGGGCCUUGUGAAUUGAAGAGGUGUUCUCUUCAGCAUUCCUAGGAACCCUGAGAAUAGGCCUUGUGGGGAGGAGGCUGGCUGGACAUUUUAGAAAGUGCUGUCCAAUUCUGCAUUAACAACAAUAAAGAUCCCACAGCCACCUUGUACAGUGACUAAGGAAAGUGCAGGCCUUAUUGAAAACAAGCAAUAUAUAUAUGGAAUUCAUAAUACGCCCUGCCCUAUUUGAGAUCUUGUUGGGUUUCCCCACCCCAAAAAUGCCCUCCACAAAGCCUUCAAAAGAUUCAGCCCAGAACCAUAUAUUUUCCAGUGUAAUCCAUAAUUAAUCCCACAUUAUUAGAUGAAGUGUUUCUUCUAGUAUAUGUGCCAUUUCCCUAAUCAGAUAAGUUAUAUAUUUCUCUUGCAGGUUAUUACAAUUGGAAAGCAUGUAAAUGGAUACCACUACAUCAUUGCAAAUUUGGUAAGUUAAUUUAAUACUAAUAACCACAACUUAGCUCUCAGAUAUUAAAGUGGGGUUUGUUUGUUUGUUUGUCUGUUUUGGGGGGUAAUUUUAUAUGAUAUAGUUCAUUGACAGACUAGAUUGCUGUCUAGAAAACAUCUUAUAGAGCUGUUAAUAAUUUGAAGUAGAGGAGGUAUCCAUGGAUCAUAUCAGAAUUGCGUGAAAUGAUCAUCCCCCUAUCUAACAAGCCAGUUUUCCCACUCUGCCUUGCCCAUUCCUCUUACUCGCCCAUCUCUUCUCAUAUUCCUCUUCUAACCCAUUUACUGUAGCCCGUUAUUUUCCAUGUGUUUAUUCCACAUGGAUAUCAGGGAUCAGGAAUAUGCCUGCUGGUCCUAUUUCUGACAUGAUGCACGAUGCUGCCCUUUCCCAUGACAUUUGUGCAUUGAGUGGUCAUGUCAGAGAAGGUACCAUGAGCCCAAGACCUUCUAGUUCUUUUUUUAUGGCUUACUGUUAAAUCAUAAAUGGAUCAAUAAGGUUACUGUUACUUCUGACAGUCAAAAAAUAUGAUGCAAAUGGCCUUCUGAACAUGCAUAGACUACAGGUGCUUCCUUCUUGCAGCAGUUCUUCCUCACACAAAUCUACUCCUGAAGACCAAUGCAUUCCCUGUAUGGCAGUCUCUAUUUCCCUGAGCUCUUAAAGGUGAAUGACAAGGCAGACAGCCAAUGUAACUCUUGGAAGUCUGCAGUAAUUUUUGUUGAAAAGAGAAGAAACCCUUAUGUGAGGAAAAGUUUUAUGAGUCAAAUGUGUAUGUGAACCUUUUAGUGUUAAUGUUUUUCUUACUAAAAUAUGACAGAAAAGUUGAAUAACUGGCCAACUGACCAAUGUGUUCAAUGCCUAGGGAUUUACUGAUGGAGACUUAUCAAAAAUACAGUUUGGAGGAGCCAACGUAUCAGGUUUUCAGAUAGUGGACUAUGAUGAUCCCCUGGUGUCAAAAUUUAUACAGCGCUGGUCAACAUUAGAAGAAAAAGAAUAUCCAGGAGCACAUACUAGUACAAUCAAGGUACACUUUUGCUAAUACACUUGGACUAGGGUAUACUGUGGGAAAGAAGUGUUUGUUGUCGUAGUUGUCACACUAAUAAUGAAUUCUAGAAGAACAGUUUUGUGAAUCUAUUCUAGAAAAAAUUGAUAAACCUGUGGAAGAUUGAAGACUAAUAAUUUUGAUGAGGCAUUAGCUCUCACAGACUAGUGCCCACUUCAUCAGUUGCAUGAACAACUAUCCCAUGUGGCAGAGUCAAAGGAUAGCAGUGGUUGUGUCACAUUUCUGUGAAAAAUAAACUACUGUGCUCAGAAUUCAUAUGAAAUAAAAGCAAUAACUCCUUCAUAACAGAAGUCACUUAUGAAAAUAGUCUUCCUUGCUAAUGUCCUAAAGCAGGUCUAUUACGUUCUGUGAUGCAAAAGACACCCCCAGUCUUGACUGAAUCAGAAUUCGAUAGAAUUUAAUUUUAUAUACAUGUUUCCGACUGAGAAGGCGUAAUGGCCCAAGGGAAGGUAUGUCGUAUCUGUGACUUAAAAUAGAAGAACCUCAACACUGUGAGAAAGAUUUAGUGAUUAAAGGGGAAAGGAAAAAGAGAAAGAUGGUAUGAGCUAUGGUGGUUAGAUAUUAGUUGCUUCUUGCCUAGUGCUGCUUUUAAAUUUUCAUAUUCCGCACAUGUUCAGUAGAAUAUUCAUUUAUUGAAUUCCAUUGCCAGUGUGAAGCAUGGUUUAUGCAGGUAGCUUAAAGGCAGGUACGUAGCUGUUGCACUUCCCAAUUGCCUUUCCCCUCCUGCUUCUAGUAAGCUGCAGUGACACCGGUUGUGGAAGGCUAUUGCUGUAGCUCUGCCCCACCAGGCAAGUCCUACCUUCCCAUCCCUCCACACUUGGCAGCCUCUGCUGUACAGAAGAGGCUUCCAUAAGAGGAGGGGCCUCUAAACAUUAUUUGUUUAGAGUUGUUAGAAGAGCUGUAGAUUCUGAAAGCUGUUGGUGACAAGAGGAUGAAAAUUUUGGCAUUCUGUAUGGCUUUUUUUCUUCCCCACUCAGCCCCACUGGCAUAAUUAGGCAUUGUUCUUCCAGAAGCAGUUUCUAUAACCUUCUUUAUUUCCCCUCCUUCCACCUUUGGCAGAACAUUCAAAAUUAUUGAAUCAAAAUUGGUUCUGGGAAGUAGUUUCAUUUUCAUUCAAAAAUAGAGAAAUAUUUCCAAUGUGCAUAUUUAAUUCAGUUUAUGUAAACUGGGUCAACUUCAACACAGAACUUGGAUGAAAAGGAGUGCAGAGCAUAUUUAUGAAAUGCUAGCAAUGGAGACUGCUUAUUUAUUCAUGACAUUUCUAUGCUGCUCCAAAGCACAGAGAUCUCUGGGCAGCUUCAACAAAUAAAUUAAUUUAAAAAGCCAUUGCAAUACAAAAUUAAAAAUAAAACUCCAACAUCACAAAUGGCAUAAAUGCAGUUUUUAAAAAACACAAACCCAAAACACAUCAUACCCCAAAGUUGAAAAAUAUAUUUAAAACCUGAGGUGACCAGACUGCAGGAGUUAUUUUAAAAGCUUUGGUGACCACGAAGGUAUUCACCUGAAGCUAAAAAGACCACAAAGAUCAAAUCAGACAAGAAGUCGUAGGAAAUCUGUUUCAUAUCCAGGUUGACCAGGUGGUUAUCUGCCUCAACUCGAACAGCAAGGCUACUCAGAGCACGACUUGCUCCACCUUGAUAUCCCAAGUUACUAAAGCUCAGUAAAAACUAUACCUUUCAAGAAUAUUUCAUCACCAAAAGAAUUCUGGGCACUGCAGUUUACGCCUCACAGUGUUACAGUUACCAGCAACCCAUAACACACUACGGUUCCCAGAAUUCUUUGAGGGGAGAAAUGUGCUUUGAAUGUGCUUUAAAGAUAUAGUGUGUACAGAGAAGCAGAAAUAUGACAGCCUCACCCCAGUACCAAAGUACCGCUCCAGAAAUAUUUUGCAAUUCAGACUCGUCAUUUGAUAGCAAUCACUACUUGUCCUCAAGUUGCCUCCAGUUCCCCUUCAGUACAUUUCCACAAGGAAACACACAAGGCCACUUUCUGUUGUGAGCACGAUAAGCAAUAGAAUAUGACUGACAUAAAUCAGUAUGUCAUAUUACAACACAAGGAUGUGAGAUAUAGUACUAAAUGGAAAGAGACAUUUCCAACCCAAUUCACACCCUCAAAAAAAUGCAUUUUAAAGGGAGUAUUGUUUAUUUAUUUAGAACAGUCUUCAGAGUUUGUUUCUAACAUUAUAUUUUUCAGGAUUCAAACUACCUCCCCUUUGAUUUCUUAAAACGUUGGUGGAAAAAGGAAUGAAAGUCCUGCAGACUCUGUCCCUUGUGCUAUAGUAAUUUAUUUCUAUUGUUGUAGAUAAAAGAAAGAGAGAGAGAAGGGUCCAUUGAUUUUCAGUCUGCCAUCUCACAGGUCCCAGUUUGCACAAUCUUCUGCUGUGUCUAUGCAGAGAGAUUGGUAAGUGGCCUGCACAGAAUGAACCAAUGAUAGUGCAGGUCACCAUAUGAUGGCACAUUGCUUUACUACUACAGCAUAGUUUAGGAUUCCUUAGAUUAUUAAAGCCCCAAAGUCUGAAAGACCAAGUUCUUCCCUACAGACCCUCUCAGCAGAGGUUGCCCUCUUGGUAAUGCUACCACCCUCAGAGUGUGUGGGGCUGGGGGAGUGAGCCAGGAAAUAGCAUUUUCUGUGGUAGCCCCUACGUUGUUGUUGUUAUUUAUUAAAUGUAUUGGUUGAUCUUCUUUGCAAGGUAACUCAAAGCAAGUUGCAAUAUAUAAAUAGACUCAUUCUUUAAAACUGGCAUAAAAGAAAACAAGAAUCUUAAAGACAAAGCUAUUUUGAAAAGGCAGGAUUUAAAAACUCCACUCACACAAGGAGGCCACAGAUAAUUAUAGAUUAAUUAUAGAAUUGUAUAAGUUGUAGAAUUCCCUUUCACACAGAGGUAGGUCUGCCACCUUCGUUGUACAGUGAUCUACGAUAUCCUUCUGAGUCAACCACAGAUUUUCUGUCUCUGAAUAUAAGAGAUAAGGCAGCACAAGUAAAGCACUUUUUUCCUGGAUAAUGUGACUGAAAAGCCAGUUGCCAGAAUGUCAUCUCCUUUGAAAUAAGGCGAGCUGUUAAAAUGGAGAACUUCAGCUCUCUGCUUGUCAAUAGAUUUCUGUUUCAGUGGAGGCAUUUUUAACACAGCCUAACAGUAAUCAUGGUGGGAACCAGAUGUUCCAAGCAGUUUACAUUAAUUUAAAAGCAAUUUUGUUAUAGUGCAUGGUUGCUUCGGGUUGCUGUUGGUUGUUGUUUUUUGCUCUACUGCAGUCUUAAGGUUACCUGAAGGCAGCAUUUAUUUAAGGUAGGAUGUAAGGUAGCAUUUAUUUUGUCACCAUGUGUGAUUUAGAACCCUCUUCAAUCAAAAGAAUAUGUCAGAGGCAGAAAGGGAAGCAGGGAUGGUUCAGCUUCCUCUGAGACAAGCAAAAUAAAUUUUAAAGAAUUGCCUGUAAAAUGCUUUAAGCAAAAGUUAGAGAGGGGAGGAUGAUUGUGACAUCAUAUCCUUUCUCUUAUUUCCUUCCAUUGAUGCUUUUUACCAGUAUUGCUACUUCUUGCCUCUCAGCAAUGCAGACGAGGCUCAGUCACACUUUUAAUAAGGCCACUACUUCUGACUCUUUUCUCCAGAAUUUCUCAGACUAGUUUUAUGCUUCCCCUCCCCAGUUAUUGCCUUUUUCUUCCACUGGACAUGCCAUGUAAACUAGCAGUAUGAUAAUAUUAUGCUUAUUGAUGGAAAUGGCAUCAGAUCCGUUUGGCCCUCCCUUGCCCCAUCUUUGACUUUUACAUCUGUGGAAAGGUUGUGCUGCCCUCCAUUUUACAAUCAUGACCAAAUGUUACUUAGGUACGACAUCAACGUCAGUGUAAUGGUUUUUCGGAUGCCACUUCUCAGGGUACAGCAACACACCUGCAGUGUCCUGAUGCAUUUGAAAACUUUCUUCCAAAUAUUUAAUUUGCUAUCUCUGUGUGAGUUUUGGAAUGAAAGAAGUGGGAUUUGAGCUUGGACCUGGCCAGCCAGAAAAAGAUGGAAAGAUGGAAAAGGGGAGGGUGUUUGAAAAUGAGGAAGGGAUUGGUUCUGCAAUGAGGAAGGGCAAAUAAAGUUUGAAGCUGCAUAUUUCAGGGAAUCAAAAUCUUGGAAAGAUGGGGGGGGGGGGAAUUGUCUGGCUUCUCAUCUUUGCUCCCAGUGGGUGUCUGGCAACAUUUUGUAUGAUCUUAAACUCCUCAAUUAAUUAUUUUAUCUUCUGGAACAAUUUGAACUCAACCUCCCCACUGCUGUUUGUUUUGUUUUAGGGUUGUGAAACUGACUAUAUUAAUAGAGCAGGGCAAGGCAGGCAGGGAGGAUUUCUCCUGAUCAGGCAUAGGACUUACACAGCCUGAUCAGACACAUGUUCCCUAAGUGGUAAAGCUGCCUUGGCCCAUCCCAUGGUCUUAUUUCUCUUCCUUCUUUGGUGCCUGCAGCAGAGCCUGGAAAUGACUGCAGUAGCAAAUACCCUCCCUUCCACGCAUGCCCAGGACUGUGCAGAAAGUGGCACCUGUGGAGGAAGAGGAGGUGGCGAUGGGAGGGGGGAGCCAGUCAAUCUCUUCCGUAUCCUCCCCUGGGCUGUGUUACAUUCCCCCUGUGUCCACCCCACACACCCCUGAAGUGAUGCUGAGAUUGCUCUAGCCCUCCUUGCCCCAAGCAGGGGCUGUAAUUUCCAAUGCCUUUCAUUUAUAUGCUCCUUCUUAGAUGCAUGCCCAUACUUAGGUUGAAGCAAAUGCUAGUGUAAAUCUGUUUUGAGAAUGUGGUCCUCCAGGCCUGUCUAUGUGGCCCUUGGGACUUCUCCCUGAUUGCUUUUGUCUGGCUGGAAUGGGUCUGUGAACUGUGAACAUGUCUCUUGCUUCCCUGGAUGGAGGGGUGUGUGGUAUGUGUGGUUUGUGUGUGUAUAGAAACUUUGGGCUUUUGCAUAGCUGGAAUGUAACCAGCCAGAAUGUAGUUCAGUGGUAAGAGUCCUAUCCAUUCUGUAAUGUUUGGCCAUUGAGCUAUGAUGUGCACGAAAUGAUUUGGGAGAAGUGGGUUAUGCAUUUAAAGUGUGACCUUUCUCCUUCUUUUCAAAAACACAAUUUAAAGCCACAAGCUUUGACAGCAGCUUAGGAGGUGUGGUGGCAUUACCACACCUACGACUACUUCUGCUGUUGCAUCACAGAGCACCUGGGGGAAGGACAUGAGCUGCAACUACUUGGCAAGCAGGCUAGAAACUGCUCAAUUUUAUUAAAAGACACAGACAACCCAGUAUGUUGAACCUUAGUUCAUGGGACUGGGCAAGAGCAUCUUCUACUUUUGCAGCUCUGCUAAUAUCCUAUUUCCAUGCAGAUGCAUUUAGGGUUUUGAGAAAAUGGGAUAAAACACUACGAAAUCUACUUGGGCAAUUAGGAAAUGAUAGUAAAGAGCAACCACAGAAUAAAUCUAAAGCCUUGUGCUACACUUUUUAAUACUGACACUUUGUUCUUGAAUCAUUAAUCAGUGUAUACAGGGAUGAAAAUAUUACAUCCAUACACUUAACUUUGUAUAAAGGUCACAGGCCUAGAAAAUAAACCACCCUACUGUUUUGUAAUUAAUACUAGCUAGGACUACGCGUCAUAAACCAUUUUAUAUUUGCCUCAAGACUGCAGUUAUUUCAGGGCGCAUAUAAGUGAUUACAGUAGCAGCAGGAGAAAUUGCCUAUCUCAGCGGUGUGCUCUAGCAUAAUUUAGUUACUGACUAGUCUCCGAGCAAGCAACGCUAAAUCAUUCCAGCAAAAGAUUAAAUUUGGAAAAUUUUGAUCUAUACUGUACUCCAUACAUGAUCAAUGAAUACGUGAUCAAGAGAGAAGGGCAGAUGGCAGCCGUAAAUGCUUCUGAGCACACAAACACCCCAUUGCGUUAUAGUGCCGGCUUUGCUUUUCUGGAUAGAAAAGGAAGUUGCUCAAAGUAGAUAGUUCACCCCUCUGUGGGGGUGUCUAAGAUAGAUACUCAAGUGGGGAAUUUUUUUCACCAUGGGAGCGACUCCUGAAAUGUAUCAUCUCAUCCAUAGGAGUCUUCUGACCCACGCCCUUUCUGUUUAAGGUGAAAGGAUAAACAGAUGUUCACCAUUCAUGCUACUGCUGGAUUCCAAUACUAGCGGAAGUUGAUGCAGUGACAGGAGUCUGGUAGGCGGAAAAUGACAAGGAACAAGAUUAUACAAGGAAAAGGCAUUCGCUGGCAUGAUGCCUGAACCAGGAGCUUAAGAUCAAGUGCCAUAAUAAAACCUUGCCAUAGCUUUUAGGGUUUUUUUGUGCAAACUGAUGAAACAAACGCCCUGUACAUGUUCCCAGUAGUAUUUACUCUUGGCUGUUUGUAUUACAACUAGAUUUUUUACAGUUAAUCUUCAAACUGCACUAAAGGUUGGCAUCUCGUUAUUGGCCCUGAAACACAAACUCCUCUCCAAGUAUUAGAUGCAGACUUUACAAAACUCUUGAAAAUUCUCUCCUGGGAGCCUUUAAGUAGGGAAAGUGAACUUGUAUAUUCUGAUAUAAUAAAAACUAUAGGAAGGCCAGUUUCACUAAAUCAUUGUCUUAUUAGGCAUGCUGUAAGUGUGGCAAAACAUUUCUGUUAUUGCAAGAAAAAAUAUCCAAAUGAUGGCAGACUCUUUAAAUCUUUAUGAGGUGCAGAAAAUUGAAGUAUCUGAGUGAACAAGAUUUUCAUGCUUCCAGCUGUUGAACAACUGCUGCAAGAUUCAAAAGAAUUAUUUUCAAAUCCUAACUUUCUAUAGAUUAUGGUUAGGAACACUGGGCUUUACUUUACAUUAUACUUUACAUUAUGCUGAGUCUAUCCUAUUAGCACAGUGUUUCUCAACCUUGGGUCCCCAGAUGUUUUUGGCCUACAACUCCCAUGAUCCCUAGCUCACAGGACCAGUGGUCAGGGAUGAUGGGAGUUGUAGGCCAUAAACAUCUGGGGACCCAAGGUUGAGAAAGACUGUAGACUUAGCUCAACAUCAGGGGUUGUCAAUGUGGCGCUCUCCAGAUGUUGUGGACUCCAUCUCCCAUCAUCCCUGAUGCUGGCUGAGGCUGAUGAGAGUUCACCAUGCCUAGAACUGGGCUGCCAAGUCCUCUCCUUUGAUACCAUAGCUGGAGGGUGGAUAAAGCAGCAUGUUGCACUGUGCCUAGCUAUUGUUGAAUCUAGGACCCAGGGACUUUCCGGUGUGAUUUUCUCAGGGAGCUGCUGGCAGCUGCUGCUCCCCUUGUCAUUGCUCAUGGGGUUAGAUUAGCUAGGACUGUAUGCUGAACUGUCAACCUCAUCACCACUAGGAGAACUCUCAACCUUAAGGGCUGGCAAUGAAAGAUAGCAUAUGGGAGCUGUUCUGCUUUGCUGUAGGGACCAACUUUUGCUCAUCGCCACACAUUUGCCAAGCACCAAUGAGCAAGGUGAGCUUGGUGAUCAUUCUGCUUUCCCCCAACCUGCUCACCUCUGCCCAGGCUCAACACCACAUAUCCACGUAUCCUCAUAUCUCCCUCUCCCCCAUCUGUCACUCAAGACAGUCUCAGCUACAGGAUCCACAGAGUCCAAGAUGGGCUGGAUGUCUUGUGCUUGGGUCCUUCUUGCAUCUGAUUGGCCACUGUGAAAGCAGAAUGCUGGACUAGAUGAGCCACUAGAUGAUCCAGCAGGCUCUUCUUAUGUUCUUAGGGUUACCCCACAUCUGAUUAUACCACCCCAUUGUGUACAACCACUGUAAUUUUGGCUACAUGAGUGAUGCUACUUGGAGAACUGAAUCAUAAUUAGCAUGAAGGAUGGGCUUACCAAUGAGGUGACCUCCAGAUGUUGAUGGACUCUCUCAACAGCAUGACCAAUGACAGCAUCUGAAUGGCUGCAGGUUCUUCACCCUCAGCAGCUCCCCCAGUGUUGGGUAAUGAUAAGAAAUACUCACUGAACUAAAUCAGUUGUAUGCAUUGUGGAAAAAUAUAACCUCAAAGGGUGUGGAAAUGAUCUUUACUUUCCUCCCUUCUCUUUUAAUUGAUGCAAUCAGUUACAAAUAAGAACUGAAGGAUAGUUUUCUUAACUUGUGCUUAAUGAAUUAUAUUUGCUCCUUUUCAGUACACAUCAGCUCUGACCUAUGAUGCUGUCAAAGUGAUGACUGAAGCUUUCCGUAACUUGCGUAAACAAAGGAUUGAGAUUACCAGAAGAGGAAAUGCUGGAGACUGUCUUGCAAACCCAGCAGUGCCUUGGUCACAUGGUGUAGAAAUAGAAAGGGCACUGAAGCAGGUAUUGUGGAAUUACUGUGUAUUAAAUGAUCUCUGAAUGUCUUCAACAUUAAAAAUAAAAAUAAAGGAAGACCAGUCAACCUGUGUAUUUAACACUUCUGUGGGGACUUCUCAGCAAUGCAGAAAAUGACUAUUAUCUGUAGAACAGUCCUCAGCACAAAUGAAAAUUCAGGUGAUAUGAAAUGUAUUUUGUGGACAAAUUAGUUUAACUUUACCAUCCUUUCCAUCCUUAUUCCACAUAGGUUCAGGUGGAAGGGCUAUCAGGAAACAUAAAGUUUGAUCAGAAUGGAAAGAGAAUUAACUAUACAAUAAAUGUCAUGGAACUCAAAAGUACUGGUCCCCGGAAGGUAAUUUUGGUUCUGCCUGCUUUUUGUUAUUUCCUGCUAAGUGGUAUUUUAAAAAGGAGGUAUCUUAAUGCGGAACAUACGGAUAUAAUGCAAUUAAAUGCCUAUCUGUAGAGAUAUAAAAAUGUUUUUUUUUAAAAAAUGUAACAAAGAUAAUAAUUUAAGGUAAGUAGAGUCUUUCAGUAUAGUUUAUAUUCUUUUACUUUACAUCUUUCAUGUUUACACUUAAAAGUAAGAGGGAGUACUUGUGGUAAAAUUUAGCUUUUAAAAAGAUAAUGAACUCUCUGAAAAGGGUAGAAUUUUCUGAAUUUUUUAUCCUGAAAUGUAACCAGGAUCUGGUUUGCAUACCUCAGGAAGUCAUUUAGUAAACAAUAGAAAAUUAUUGUUUACUGCAAAUGAGCAGCAUGCUGGUUCACAUGUCUCAGUCAUAUGCCCUUUGUUCUUUUCCUACUCUUCCUUGUCCAAAGCCAAGAGGACACAAACUGGAGCGUUAACUGUGAACCUUUUUUGUGGUCCAAAGAGACCUCAAUAAGAAGCCAGCUUAUUUUGUUUCUUUAGCGGUAGGGGACACCGUGGAUGCUAGUUCACAUGUAAACACAAAGCCAGCCCUGUGAUUUGUUUCAUCCCAGCUGGGAAUAAGUAAGAGUGGAAAAGGAACAAAGCAGGCAUGAUUGAGCUGUACCUGCCAGCAUGCUGCAUAUUCAUGUUAAAUCAUAGUGCAUUUUAAACUAUGACUUACCGUACCUUUAAACUAUGGAUCAAUGUGGGAAUGAGGAAUUCAUUUUACGUUCAAGGGACUUCUGAAUAAAAAAUAAAAGCAGCUAUUAUUAGUUCUUGAUUACAGCUUUAGGCAGGAAUUGGGUAUGUGAAUGCAAUUUAUCAAAAAUCAUGCUUCUAAACAAAAAUAUGCAUUUAUUUGCCCUGAAUACAACCUGCAACUUUUUUUCAGAUUGGAUACUGGAGUGAAGUGGACAGAAUGGUUGUGAAUCCAAUUGAAUGUCCAUCUUGCAAUGAAUCCUCGGGAUUAGAGAAUAAGACUAUUAUUGUCACAACUAUUUUGGUAAUUAAACACGUUUUUUGUGAAAUGGAUAGUCUAAAUUGCAACCUUAUCAUUCAUUCUUGGUCUAUAUUGGAAUAAGUCAUGCCUAGUUGACUUUAUUCCUGUGUAUUUGUGAAAGGUUGAGGAACAAGAGGAAAGUAUUCGGUGCCAUUGCCUGUUGCUGCAGGUUUGGAGGAUUUUGAAACAUGCCUUUGCUUUUAUUUAUUGAUUUAUUUAUUUAAAUAGCAGGAUUUGUGGUGGAUAAGAUUUAAAAAAAAAAUGAAACAAAAUUUCAAGGGAACCAAUUUCAAGGAAGCAUUAUUCUGUUGUAGCAGGACUCUGUGCUUUGAUUUUGUGCUAAAAUUGUUACAUGAUAGAGGUUGUUAAGCCAGGAACAAAUGCAAAGCUCUUUCUCUCUAGUCACUUUCAAUCCACUAAGCAAAAGAAUGUGACAUUUUCCCUUAUCACUUUAAAAUAGCAAAAUCAUAUAUAGUCAUAUAGUAGGAAUGUCAAUGUUGUUUACUUAGUAAGCUAAUCAUUGUUCAGAGUUGUUCAUUCAAGGCUUAACUGUUCUGGAUUAUAUAUUAAAGGAACCAACAAUUUGUCAACUUUUGAUGGUGGUAAGAUUUUUUUUUUUAAACAGCUAUAUUUAUUGUAAGUUUUAUAUGAUCAGUUGUGGGUCUGGUGGUAACAGAGGUGUGAAAUACUAUGGAAUAAGCAGGAAUGAUCCAAUGCAGCUCUCUCUUUUUAGAAGGCUAUCUAAAUAAAAAGUUUUAAAACUCUUUCUUUACUUGUCAACAUACAGUUUAUUAAUGCUGAUGAGAAUUAUGAAUGCACCUUUGAAAACGCCUCUCUACCUGUAAGGCUUGCUGCAACUGUGAAGAAAUGUUAUUGUGAUGAUGGAUAAAUAAACAAUCCUGAAUGUUUCAGGGGGGAAAUACAGGUUUUUUAAAAAUUGUUUUAUUCAAUGUACUUCCAACCCUGUACACAAAGAAUAGAUGACUAACAUGGCAUCCUUUUUUGAUUAGCUAAAGCCAAGUUUCUCUGUACAGGAAUCCCCCUAUGUUAUGAAGAAAAAAAAUUUUGAAUUGCUUGACGGAAAUGAUGCCUAUGAGGGCUACUGUGUGGACUUAGCUGCAGAAAUUGCCAAACACUGUGGGUUCAAGUACAAACUCACAAUUGUUGGGGAUCGCAAGUAUGGGGCCAGGGAUGCAGAAACAAAAAUCUGGAAUGGAAUGGUUGGAGAACUUGUUUAUGGGGUAAGAGACGUUUUUAACCAUUGCAAGUAGCUAUGACUAACAGAGAUCAGGUUAGCGCGUGUUGGUAUCACAGCUGUUUGCGUGGAUCCAAGUGAGACUUAAAUGGGCGUUUGAAAAGAGGUCAAUAUCUCUGCAUUUCAUCACCUUUUCCUCCAAAUCAAAACUUCUGUGCACUCAAAUGUCCUAAACAUUCAGGGGCUGUGGCCUGACAAUGUUGUUUGGUGUGUGAUUAUAAAGAGGUAUCAUUUGCAUGAUAAAAGUGAAGCCACGUGGUACCGUGUAUGUCAGGAAGUAGACUAUUGUAGGCAGAUUGCUUAGUAGUUUAUUCCUCAGUAGGAUGCUAGAAUUGAAAUUAGUAUUACCCAUGUCCCUGCUGUUGCAUUCUUCAUCUGCGAUGCACAAAAGCAAUAACGCCAUUCCCUUGUUAAAUAUUGAAUAAGUUAUUAUUUUGUUUUGCUUGCAUUACAGAAAGCCGAUAUUGCAAUUGCUCCAUUAACUAUAACGUUGGUGAGAGAAGAAGUGAUUGACUUCUCAAAGCCCUUUAUGAGCCUUGGUAUCUCUAUAAUGAUCAAGAAGCCUCAGAAGUCCAAGCCAGGAGUGUUUUCCUUUCUUGAUCCCUUAGCGUAUGAGAUCUGGAUGUGCAUAGUUUUUGCCUACAUUGGGGUCAGUGUUGUUUUAUUCCUGGUCAGCAGAUUUAGCCCAUACGAGUGGCACACUGAGGAGUUUGAAGAUGGAAGACCAUCGCAAAGUAACGAAUCAACUAAUGAAUUUGGGAUAUUUAAUAGUCUCUGGUUUUCCUUGGGUGCCUUUAUGCAGCAAGGAUGCGAUAUUUCGCCAAGGUUGGUUACACACCCAUUUCAGCUUUGUGCAUUUUGGGUCUCACUCCGGAAGUUCAUGGUGCAUAUAGAUUCAAUCUCAAGAAAUGCCAGCUGUUGACAUGUUUUUCAAAAUUAUCCACAGCCCUUUAGAUGGAAACAACUUCUCCCGAUGCAGGCCAGUGGGCUGUUCAGUUGGUUCCCUCUGAGCAUCGGUCCUGCCUUGCCCUAGUGGACUUAUAUGCACCAUGCAGAGGCCAUAAAAUGCAUGAGGUCCCCCUCAUUCCAUGCCUUCUUGGAGGGGUACCGUGUUUUUGCUGCAUAUUCCCAUUCACAGCCAACGGUGCAUUGAUUUCACAGAUGCUGUAAUGGGAAAAAGGGUAACACACAAUUAAUGAGCUGUGGAAGGAGUGCUUUCCCCUCCACAAGCCAUUUUGCACGGCAUUCUGCCUAUUGCUUAAACUCCCCAUCUCCUUUCAGGAAAAUCACUGGAAUAGAAAAUAGAAAGGUAUUCUGAUAACUCAAUAGUCAUGUGAACCAGGUACAACAAACUUGGCAAGAGUGUGUAGUUACUUUAUCCUGGAGAGAGAGAGAAAAUCUGGGGUGAUUUGUUUUGUUUUGUUUUCAUUUUUAGAAACUUAGAUUCUGGUCUUGGUAUUUGGUUUUAAGCCACGAGUAACUGCAGCUCAAAUUAUAAUUUAUUAUGCCCAUGCUUUUUUUACAUGUUUCUUUUGUAGUGUUAUCAGCUAUUCCAUUACCCUUCUGCAGCCUAAGCUCAACAGCUCUGUUGGGCACCUGUUGAUGCAUCAUUUUGAGUAUGUGAACUGUAUCAAAGCUGAAAUUCAUUUAGCACUUGGCCCAGAGGGUGGCAAGUUUGGGCAUUGGCUAGGGUUCAACAGAGGACCCAACCAUCAUAGCAGUGCUACCAUUUUCACUUUUUUAUAGUGUAUUUCAAAAAAGAUCAGAAAUAAAAUUCUCAGUUGCAUGGCCCCAUCACAUCUUCCAGGUUAGCACCCCGCUUGAUCACAGACUUCUAAAUUCUGGGGCCAGUACUGAAUUCAUUCAAGGAAAUGGAAGUAAGAAUGCAUUGUUUAGCAAGCAACUUACUGGUGUCUGAUAUUUAGGACAUCUUAGUAUAUCUGUGGUAGAGGAAUCUGGCUUUCUCCCUUUCAGUAUCCAUAUUUGGAAAAGUGAAUUUUAGAGAAUGUUAUAAAUAACCCAACUUUUAACACAGGAGUUAAACCAGUAUCUAUUAAUAGAUACUCUAAAUCCUAACUGAAAAGCAAAUUAAAAUUUCAUAAAUAUUAAUGCCUGACGAAGUAGACACUGAAAGGUUUGGGAAGAUCGUGAAAUGAGAGAUCAGCUGCAAAACAAUUUGCAGUAUAUGCCACCUUGAAGCUAAAUAUGCAGGUUAGAGCAUAGGUCUAAUUAAUAUGAUAAAACAGAUCUAGCCAAGUAAAAAAUUUAAAACUUCGCAUUUAUAUAGCAUGUUGUCUUACUGUAAUGCACACAACAACCAUGUAAGGCCAGCCAAUAUUUGUUAUACUCAAAUUACAGAUGGGGAGAGAGGCUGAAAGAGAGAGAGCCUUGCCUAAAGCCAACAAGUGAGUUCAUGGCAUAAAUUUUUAAGGGGGAUUUUUUAAAUGAUUCAGAACGCAGUCUCUUAGCAAUUAUGUUACAGUAGCUCUCUAUAUUCAAAUUUAUGACUGACCUAGACAAGACAGAACAUUGCCUUCAGGGGAGAGGCGUGCUAGCAUCCAUUUCUGGUUGUUAAAACAAGCAUAUUACGAGUUUGCUGACUCCAAUGUGCUUGAGUGGCAAUAAAAUGGACUUUAUAAUUUUAAGUAGUCCCAAAGGGUGUCAGUCAAAGAAUUAAGAACUAUGCAUGUAAAAAUAUUUCCUUUUUUAUUUUCUGAAAAGUGAUAUAAGUACACCAGGAAAGAAAAAGGUUGAUAUGCUCACUUGAAUGCUGCUGAAAAGCUCUCUCUCUCAUGUCAGUGCUCCAAGCUGAAGCAGUAACAUCUAAAAGCUUCUUAGGAUGCAAUCCUGUGCCCGUGGAGCCACAGUGAAUUCAGUGCGCCCCUGACUAGGCAUGCUGAUGUUUGUGCUGGCAAUGCACAAGAUGCUGGCCUGAGGAUCCAGCACACAUUAUGGCAGAUAUGAAUGGCAAAGUUCUUCUGCUUAGAGCGUUGCUUGUAAGAAAGAGCUUCCAACUGGCAGCCACAUGGGAUUGCAAGAAAUUUGGCCACAUUCCCGAUUUUUGCCAAAUCAUUUCUAUGGGAGCCUUCUAGUAGGGCUUUCCCCUCUACAGGAUACAUGCAUGCAUAAAUCAUUUUAUUUGUAUGUUGCCUUUCCAUAGUUAACAGGGGUCAGCAAACUUUUUCAGCAGGGGGCCGGUCCACUGUCCCUCAGACCUUGUGGGGGGCCGGACUAUAUUUUGAAAACAAAAAUGAACGAAUUCCUAUGCCCCACAAAUAACCUAGAGAUGCAUUUUAAAUAAAAGCAUACAUUCUACUCAUGUAAAAACACACUGGUUCUGAGACCAUCCGCAGGCUAGAUUUAGAAGGCAGUUGGGCCGGAUCUGGCCCCCGGGCCUUAGUUUGCCUACCCAUAGUUAAAACCAUGCUCAAGGCAGCUUACAACAUGAAAAGAAAUGCAUAAUUACAAACGUAACAAAAGUAGUCAUAAACAGUAAGUGAAACAUCAAAAAGUACACAACCAAAUUGAACAAUUUCCUCAUAAAUCAUAACAAAAAAUUAAUAACAGCAACAUCUCUGCCUGCUCAUCUUCCGCCCCCCCCCCCAAUAAAAACCCUAAACAAAACUCCUGGCCCCAGAAUGAAACAUUAAUAUUAAUCAGAAAAUGCAAGACUUCCAAAGAAAGUUUUACACAUUUUUAAAGUGAUGUCACAAUAGGCCAUGUUGCUAGCAGCUCUUCCGAAACACUUAGAAAGGUGAAUCAAGGGUUGUUCUGUUGCUUAUAUACUGUCUUGUAUUUCUGUAAGGACUUAGAUUAUUAUUUUGAUUGUCAGUUGUUCAUGUACAUUUUAUUUUUGAGCAAUUCACAUAAGUAUGAAUGCAGUGCAUGGCAGUAAUUGUUUGAAAAGCUAAACUUAAAUGUGAAUGGUGUGGUCCCAAAAUUAGGCUUCCCAGUCCAACAAUUCUCUUGCUUCUUGUGGUAUAUAUUUGAUUGUUCAAUUGCAUCUGCCCUUCCUGCUAGGAUUUUCUAAAGGAGUACAAUGGAGAGCAUAUGGGACUUUGUACCAAGGCCAUUCCUUCUUAUUUUAUUCAGUCAAAAUAUGGGUUAUACCACUGAAUCCAUUGCAGCUGAAACUGUUGAUUUUUACAUAGUAGACAUGAUCUGGUGGAAAUGGGAAAACGUAGACCCAAAAGCCUAUAAUUGAUCUUGCCUGACUUUCUUGUAUAUGUGCUUGAGCUGUCACAAAAGAUUCACCUGAGUUAUCACGAAAACCUUACUUUUUAAAAUAUGGCUAUAAUGUUAUCUAAGCAGCUUUCUUUUCCAGGGUCCUCCGACCAGUGAAGGACUGAUGAGCUAGUACUUUGCUUCCGUACAUUAUCUCAAGACAGAGUCCUGAAUUUAGUGACACCACUUGAGCUGAGUAAAAUUAUCCUAGCAAAACUAUAGUAUGUUUUUAAUUUCCCAUUUCAGUAGCAUGCAUUGAAACUGAGAGGAGAGAAAAAACACACUUAAGGUAGAAAGGAAAAACCAACAUUUCUCUGCGUUACACAAUGCAACAUAUACAUAAACCUGGUGACUUGUAUUCCUUUCAGGACAUUCAUUUCAUUUUACAAAUCCAUUUCAUACUUGUUAUUAGAUCCCUGUCUGGGCGCAUUGUUGGAGGUGUGUGGUGGUUCUUUACCCUGAUCAUAAUCUCCUCCUACACGGCUAACCUAGCUGCCUUCCUGACGGUAGAGAGGAUGGUAUCUCCCAUUGAGAGUGCCGAGGAUUUGUCUAAACAAUCAGAAAUCGCUUAUGGGACAUUAGAUUCCGGCUCAACAAAAGAAUUCUUUAGGGUAAGAGUCUUCUUUUGGUCUGAAAUAUUAAAGGUUUCCCCCCUCCUUCUCUGCGUUUUUCUGAAAUUAAGUAAUAAAUAAGAUCCAUUCUUGGUGUUGUGAUUUAAUAAUUCAAUGCAUGUUCUAAAUGAGUGCCAACUAGUAAUUCGGGUGCCAAAUGUAACUCCCUGCAGAGCUGAAAUAAAGAGGACAGCUCACUUGCAUUUAAUAUAAGCCAUGACUUCCUUGGAUAUAACGGCUUAGUCAUGCUGGCCACAUGACCCGGAAGCUGUACGCCGGCUCUCUUGGCCAAUAAAGCAAGAUGAGUGACGCAACCCUAGAGUCGUCCGCGACUGGACCUAAUGGUCAGGGGUCCCUUUACCUUUACCUAACAGGUGUGGAAAGUAUGAAGGAGAAAUUGUACGUCUCCAUCAUGUUAUGUGGGUUUCAACAACAAUGGCAGCAGAAGGAAAUGUGUAUGUAGGUUUCAGAUCUGUAACGUUUGCAUUUUGUUCAUAAUUUGUUGUUGUUUGAAAGUAAUAAAUAAAUGCAAUAGCUAAAGUCUAGCUUUAAAAUAUCUCAGAAAUAUCUAAUGUAUGCAUACAUACAUACAGUGGUACCUCGGGUUAAGUACUUAAUUCGUUCCAGAGGUCUGUUCUUAACCUGAAACUGUUCUUAACCUGAAGCACCACUUUAGCUAAUGGGGCCUCCCACUGCUGCCGUGCUGCCAGAGCACAAUUUCUGUUCUCAUCCUGAAGCAAAGUUCUUAACCCGAGGUACUAUUUCUGGGUUAGCAGAGUCUGUAACCUGAAGCGUAUGUAACCUGAAGCGUAUGUAACCCGAGGUACCACUGUACUCUUACUUUACACAGUUUGCAACAUUGAUGCAUGGUUUGUUUGUUUUUAAUCACACUGAUGGGUAUUAGGAGACUUUGGGGCCAUCAUCCAGUUCAGACUUCAAACCUACUUCACGGCUGAAGUUCUACUGCAUGCGAUCGCAACUCAAAUUUUAGUACAGUUUUGAGUUAUUUCUGUAAAUGACAUGCUAAUUAUAGAAUCUCGUUUUGAGAAUAAUAGAUCGUAGUAAGACAAAAUGGGAACGUUAUCUGAUGGCCAACUAGAUAUGUAGAUUGCUAAUUAAUUUGACAAAUCCUUCAUAAUUGAAAUUCUUAAUUGAGUGUCUCUAGGAAAGAGCACUCUUUAAUGAAAACAGCAUAAUGAAUAUAAAUGGAGCACACUGCUAAAACAGAUUGAUUUAUGGUCUUUGCAGCCCCAAAGGUAGAAAGCUGUAAUAGAAGUGGGAUAUACCCUUGGUUACUGUCCGGAAGCUUUGUCUGGUGUGAAUGUGGGGAACCACAGAGGAAAUUAUUGGCAACGUAUUACUUCGUUGUUUGAUGCUUCACAACCUAUCCAAUUGUCCGUUCAAUUAUUUCAAUUCAUAAACUGCCUAUUCUCCUGUGCUUUACUGUAAAUUCUAAUACAUAGGGGAGCUCCUUCUAGAAGCCAUAGUUUGCGGGAAAAUUCCAAUGAUCGGUUGUGUAAGAUUUUGCCAUGGGCAUGUUACUAAUUACUGACUCAGUACUACAAGAUGCAGUGAUGGCCACCAACUUGGUUGAAGUUAAAAGGGUUUAGGCAAAUUCAUAGAGGACAAUGCUAUAAAGUUUUAUGGUUCCCCUUUUCUCCUGCAAAAUGAUGGGGGAAGCCAGUAAUGAGGUACUUUAACAGCAGCAGAGGUGGGCAAGGAAGUUUAAUAGGCUCAUUUUAAAGACCUAGGCACUCAUACAACGUCCAUUACUACCAGACAAGGUCCAUUGUCUUUCCAAGUCAGUUCCAAGAGGCAUUGGAAAAUAUAACUUCCAGUCUU